GGCCUGUUUGCGAGCCAUUACACUGAGACACAUUAUCUGGAGGAUGGCAGUGCAGUCACUGGAGCUCACAACUAUACGGUAGGCUGGAGGUCGAGUGUUUCUGACAUUCAUGUUUGACUGAACGUUGUGUGCUGCUGACUUUAAAGGAUGGACCUUUAAAGAUGUCAUGUAAACUGUUGUUUCAAAUUGCCCUCCGGUAAUGUUGAGGACACAUGUCUGAAUUAUAGACAUGGCAUUUGCAUCCAAGUGAUCAAAUGUUGUCAUCCAGUAAAUGGAGAAUGACUAACUUAGUUUUCAGUGGGGAAUAUCUGUACAGUUAUUAGCAUACAUCCAAAUUGACAUGUAGACCUAACAAUUGGUGAAUUGAUACAGGGUUAGGUAACUUAAGGGGAGUCAGGUAUCAAUAUAUUUACAUUAUUGCACAAAGCACAGUGCUUGUAAGUCCUCCAGGACCAGAACAUGCUAAAUUUCAAUGGCUGUCGAGGCCAUUUGGCUUUGUUAGCUUACAGUUUGAUUUACAGUAGUUAGCUACUGUAACUACGCAGAUGCUAUUGCCAGGUCUCACAUCUUGGUCAACUGAACUUUUGCUACUCUUCCUUAAAGUAAUUAGCUCAACUGUUGAAGGUUUGACAAAGGACAGCACAGCAGCUUUUCUAGGCCAGCCUUCAGGUACAACAUGUUGAAGCAUUCUGGGAUAACCAAGCCAACCAAGCCUCAUUAAUGAUUUUCAAAAGCCUUUCGCUUAGUUAGCAGACUUGUUCCCCCUUCACAGUUGGAGUGAGAUUGAAAAUAUGACUUAAUUGAGCAGAGGUGAGGACAGCUUGACAGGCGCUUGGCAGUUGGAAAGGAAAAUGCUUUGUGAUUUGACACUGAUUGACAAUCUAAUUUCCUCAAAGCUAAACUGUCCGAAUACCCAUACUUGCAUUCUAAAUAGUAGGUUGAAUGGGUAUGUUAAAAUAUAACAUUCUAUAGUAUGUGAAGUUUCUCAAAUUGAGUAUGCUUUAAAUGCCAGGACAUCGUACCUUUUUUAGACUUUUCAGAAGUUUGACAUAUGAAAAACCAACUGUCAAAAACCACUUAUUUUGAAAGUAGAUUACCUUGUAUCUGGCUGCUAUUUUCAUUUAAAAGGUCCCUAUCCAAAACACAGCUGAAAGUAUUUAUGGACAUUAAAAAGCCAUAAAUUGGUACACACUCAACAAAUGAAUCACAGUGUCCUAAAGAAAGAUGAAGAAGCUAAGGUAAAUGCUAAACCUAGCGUUUCCCAAUAUACAAUAUCGGUCAAAUGUUUUAGAACACCUACUCAUUCAAGGGUUUUUCUUUAUUUUUACUAUUUUCUACAUUGUAGAAUAAUAGUGAAGACAUCAAAACUAUGAAAUAACACAUAUGGAAUCAUGUAGUAACCAAAAAAGUGUUAAACAAAUCAAAAUAUAUUUUAUAUUUGAGAUUCUUCAAAUAGCCACACUUUGCCUUGAUGACAGCUUUGCACACUAUUGGCAUUCUGUCAACCAGCUUCACCUGGAAUGCUUUUCUAACAGGCUUGAAGGAGUUUCCACAUAUGCUGAGUACUUGUUGGCUGCUUUUCCUUCACUCUGCUGUCCAACUCAUCCCAAACCAUCUCAAUUUGGUUGAGGUCGGGGGAUUGUGGAGGCCAGGUCUUCUGAUGCAGCACUCCAUCACUCUCCUUCUUGGUAAAAUAGCCCUUACACAGCCUGGAGGUAUCGCUGCAGAAUGCUGUGGUAGCCAUGCUGGUUAAGUGUGCCUUGAAUUCUAAAUAAAUCACAGAGAGUGUCACCAGCAAAGCACCCGUACACCUCUUCCUCCAUGCUUUACGGUGGAAACAACACAUGCAGAGAUCAUCCGUUCACCCACACCGCGUCUCACAUAGACACGGCGGUUGUAACCAAAAAUCUCAAAUUUGGACUCCAGACCAAAAGACACAUUUCCACCGGUCUAAUGUCCAUUGCUCGUGUUUCUUGGCCCAAGCAGGUCUCUUAUUAUUAUUGGUGUCCUUUAAUAGUGAUUCCUUUGCAGCAAUUCGACCAUGAAGGCCUGAUUCACACAGUCCCCUCUGAACAGUUGAUGUUGAGAUGUGUCUGUGACUUGAACUCUGUGAAGCAUUUAUUUGGGCUGCAAUUUCUGAGGCUGGUAACUCUAAUGAACUUAUCCUUUGCAGCAGAGGUAACUUUGGGUCUUCCAUUCCUGUGGCGGUCCACAUGAGAGUCAGUUUCAUCAUAGCGCUUGAUGGUUUUUGCGACUGCACUUGAAGAAACUUUCAAAGUUCUUGAAAUGUUCCGUAUUGACUGACCUUCAUGUCUUAAAAUAAUUAUGAACUGUCGUUUCUCUUUGCUUAUUUGAGCUGUUCUUGCCAUAAUAUGGACUUGGUCUUUUACCAAAUAGGGCUAUCUUCUGUACACCCCCCUCCCCUAACUUGUCACAACACAACUGAUUGGCUCAAACACAUUAAGAAGGAAAUAUAUUCCACAAAUGUACUUUUAAACACGGCACACCUGUUAAUUGAAAUGCAUUCCAGGUGACUACUUCAUGAAGCUGGUUGAGAGAAUGCCAAGAGUGUGCUGUCAUCAAGGCAAAGGGUGGCUAUUUGAAGAAUCUCAAAUAUAACAUAUAUUUGGAUUUGUUUAACACUUUUUUGGUUACUACAUGAUUCCAUAUGUGUUAUUUCAUAGUUUUCAAAUAAAAUAAAAUCCAAUUAUAUUGGUCACAUACACGUGUUUAGCAGAUGUUAUUGCGGGUGUAGCGAAAUGCUUGUGUUUCUAGCUCCGACAGUGCAGUAAUAUCUAACAAGUAAUAUCUAACAAUUUCACAACAUACAGUGGGGAGAACAAGUAUUUGAUACACUGCCGAUUUUGCAGGUUUUCCUACUUACAAAGCAUGUAGAGGUCUGUAAUUUUUAUCAUAGGUACACUUCAACUGUGAGAGACGGAAUCUAAAACAAAAAUCCAAAAAAUCACAUUGUAUGAUUUUUAAGUAAUUAAUUUGCAUUUUAUUGCAUGACAUAAGUAUUUGAUACAUUAGAAAAGCAGAACUUAAUAUUUGGUACAGAAACCUUUGUUUGCAAUUACAGAGCUCAUACGUUUCCUGUAGGUCUUGACCAGGUUUGCAGAGACUGCAGCAGGGAUUUUGGCCCACUCCUCCAUACAGACCUUCUCCAGAUCCUUCAGGUUUAGGGGCUGUCGCUUGGCAAUACGGACUUUCAGCUCCCUCCAAAGAUUUUCUAUUGGGUUCAGGUCUGGAGACUGGCUAGGCCACUCCAGGACCUUGAGAUGCUUCUUACGGAGCCACUCCUUAGUUGCCCUGGCUGUGUGUUUCGGGUCGUUGUCAUGCUGGAAGACCCAGCCACGACCCAUCUUCAAUGCUCUUACUGAGGGAAGGAGGUUGUUGGCCAAGAUCUCGCGAUACAUGGCCCCAUCCAUCCUCCCCUCAAUAUGGUGCAGUCGUCCUGUCCCCUUUGCAGAAAAGCAUCCCCAAAGAGUGAUGUUUCCACCUCCAUGCUUCACGGUUGGGAUGGUGUUCUUGGGGUUGUACUCAUCCUUCUUCUUCCUCCGAACACGGCGAGUGGAGUUUAGACCAAAAAGCUAUAUUUUUGUCUCAUCAGACCACAUGACCUUCUCCCAUUCCUCCUCUGGAUCAUCCAGAUGGUCAUUGGCAAACUUCAGACGGGCCUGGACAUCCGCUGGCUUGAGCAGGGGGACCUUGCGUGCGCUGCAGGAUUUUAAUCCAUGACGGCGUAGUGUGUUACUAAUGGUUUUCUUUGAGACUGUGGUCCCAGCUCUCUAAAGGUCAUUGACCAGGUCCUGCCGUGUAGUUCUGGGCUGAUCCCUCACCUUCCUCAUGGUCAUUGAUGCCCCACGAGGUGAAAUCUUGCAUGGAGCCCCAGACCGAGGGUGUUUGACCGUCAUCUUGAACUUCUUCAAUUUUCUAAUAAUUGCAUCAACAGUUGUUGUCUUCUCACCAAGCUGCUUGCCUAUUGUCCUGUAGCCCAUCCCAGCCUUGUGCAGGUCUACAAUUUUAUCCCUGAUGUCCUUACACAGCUCUCUGGUCUUGGCCAUUGUGGAGAGGUUGGAGUCUGUUUGAUUGAGUGUGUGGACAGGUGUGUUUUAUACAGGUAACGAGUUCAAACAGGUGCAGUUAAUACAGGUAAUGAGUGGAGAACAGGAGGGCUUCUUAAAGAAAAACUAACAGGUCUGUGAGAGCCGGAAUUCUUACUGGUUGGUAGGUGAUCAAAUACUUAUGUCAAGCAAUAAAAUGCAAAUUAAUUACUUAAAAAUCAUACAAUGUGAUUUUCUGGAUUUUUGUUUUAGAUUACGUCUCUCACAGUUGAAGUGUACCUAUGAUAAAAAUUACAGACCUCUACAUGCUUUGUAAGUAGGAAAACCUGCAAAAUCGGCAGUGUAUCAAAUACUUGUUCUCCCCACUGUAUACCCAAUACACACAAAUCUAAGUAAAACAAUGGAAUUAAGAAUAUUUAUAUAAAUACAUGGACGAGCAAUGUCAGAGCGGCAUUGACUAAGAUACAGUAGAAUAGUAUAUAGAAUACAGUAUAUACAUAUGAGAUGAGUAAUGCAAGAUUAUUAUUAUUAAAGUGACUAGUGUUCCAUUUAUUAAAGUGGCCAGUGAUUUCUAAUCUAUCUAUAUAGGCAGCAGCCUCUAAUGUGCUAGUGAAGUCUAUUUAACAGUCUGAUGGCCUUGAUAUAGAAGCUGUUUUCUGUCUCUCGGUCCCAGCUUUGAUGCACCUGUAGUGACCUCGCCUUCUGGAUAUGAUAGCGGGGUGAACAGGCAGUGGCUCGGGUGGUUGUUGUCCUUGAUGAUCUUUUUGGCCUUCCUGUGAAAUCGGGUGCUGUAGGUGUCCCGGAGGGCUGGUAGUUUGCCCCCGGUGAUGCGUUGGGCAGACCGCACCACCCUCUGGAGAGCCUAGAGUUUAAUGUAAUGGAAGUGAAGGCCAUUAAGCCUAGCUGGUGACUCAGCAAUGUAUAUUAUAUAUUCAUAGCAAUGCUUUUUAAAAUAGUUUCACAUAAAGAGUCUCAUUCCUUUCAGAGAAGUAAGGGAGUCUCUUUUGGAGUCAAGUCAACACAGCUGAAGUGAUUGUGUAAAAGUAUGAACUGGCUACGGAAAAUGCCAGCCUCAAGUAUUUCCUCACAGUUCAGUAUUGACAUUCAUUAUUUUUCGAACUGACUUUUGGCUAACAAAUCAGUUGGUCUUGGAGGGAUUAGUGUAGACUUGAAAGAAGCCUGUCAGCCAUAAUACAGAGGUUUGUUUUCACUCCAAACCAGACACUUCCUCCUCAUCAUACUGUCUCAGACAGACAGUAGCUACAUUAUGUCUCUGUACACUUAGAUGGCUUCCUUUCCACUUCUCCUUUCCAUGGUUGACCAUGGGUGAAACCAAAGAUAAGUAUAGGGUAAAUCCAUUUGAAUUCAAUCACUUUUUGACAGCAUCCCUUUUGAUUUAAACAAGACAUUCCAUACAUGUUUGCCCAUGGAAGAAGUGGUCAGAAAGUGACAUUUUGGACCUGAAUGUCAAAACAUUCAGGAGAUGAAGGUGUUCAAAGUUGACCCAUUUUGCGUACCAUACCAUGAAACAUCCAUGUCUUCAUCACUGGAAAAGAUUAACGAUUUAGUUUAUAUAAUUUAAAAGCUUACAAACAGCUUUGUCAAACUAUUUCAUAAUUUCAACAACAUCAAAAAAUUGAAUACAAAUUGUCAUUUUCUUACCUUUAACAUUUACAUUUACGUCAUUUAGCAGAUGCUCUUAUCCAGAGCAACUUACAAAUUGGUGCAUUCAACUUAUGAUAGCCAGUGGGACAACCACCAUUUUUUAUAUUUUUUUUAUGGGGGAUGGGGGAAGAAGGAUUACUUUACACUAUUCCAGGUAUUCCUUAAAGAGGUAGGGUUUCAAGUGUCUCCGGAAGGUGGUCAGUGACUCCGCUGUCCUGGCGUCGUGGGGGAGCUUGUUCCACCAUUGGGGUGCUAGAGCAGCGAAUAGCUUUGACUGGGUUGAGCGGGAACUGUGCUUCUGUAGAGGUAGGGGAGCUAGCAGGCCAAAGGUGGAUGAACGUAGUGCCCUCGUUUGGGUGUAGGGUCUGAUCAGAGCCUGAAGGUAAGGAGGUGCCGUUCCCCUCACAGCUCCGUAGGCAAGCACUAUGGUCUUGUAGUAGAUGCGAGCCUCAACUGGAAGCCAGUGGAGUGUGCGGAGGAGCGGGGUGACAUGAGAGAACUUGGGAAGGUUGAACACCAGACGGGCUGCAACAUUCUGGAUGAGUUGUAGGGGUUUAAUGGCACAGGCAGGGAGCCCAGCCAACAGCGAGUUGCAGUAAUCCAGACGGGAGAUGACAAGUGCCUGGAUUAGGACCUGUGCCGCUUUCUGUGUAAGGUAGGGUCGUACUCUGCGAAUGUUGUAGAGCAUGAACCUGCAGGAUCAGGUCACCGCUUUGAUGUUAGCGGAGAACGACAGGGUGUUGUCCAGGGUCACGCCAAGGUUCUUUGCACUCUGGUAGGAGGACACAAUGGAGUUGUCAACCGUGAUGGCGAGAUCAUGGAGCGGACAGUCCUUCCCCAGGAGGAAUAGCAGCUCCGUCUUUCCGAGGUUCGGCUUGAGGUGGUGAUCCGACAUCCACACUGAUAUGUCUGCCAGACAUGCAGAGAUGCGAUUCACCACCUGGUUAUCAGAAGGGGGAAAGGAGAAAAUUAAUUGUGUGUCAUCUGCGUAGCAAUGAUAGGAGAGACCAUGUGAGGAUAUGACAGAGCCAAGUGACUUGGUGUAUAGAGAGAAUAGGAGAGGGCCUAGAACUGAGACCAGGGGAACACCAGUGGUAAGAGCACGUGGUGCGGAGACAGAUUCUCGCCACGCCACCUGGUUGGCGCGACCUGUCAUGUAGGACGCAAUCCAAGAGUGAGCAGCACCGGAGAUGCCCAACUCAGAGAGGGUGGAGAGGAGGAUCUGAUGGUUCACAGUAUCAAAGGCAGCGGAUAGGUCUAAGAAGGAUAAGAGCAGAGGAGAGAGUUAGCUUUAGCAGUGCGGAGAGUCUCCGUGACACAGAGAAGAGCAGUCUCAGUUGAAUGACCAGUCUUGAAACCUGACUGGUUUGGAUCAAGAAGGUAAUUCUGAGAGAGAUAGCAGGAGAGUUGGCUAGAGACGGCACACUCAAGAGUUUUGGGGAGAAAAUAAAUAAGGGAUACUGGUCUGUAGUUGUUGACAUCGGAGGGAUGGAGUGUAGGUUUUUUGAGGAGGGGUGCAACUCUUGCUCUCUUGAAGACGGAAGGGACAUGGCCAGCGGUCAAGGAUGAGUUGAUGAGCGAGGUGAGGUAAGGGAGAAGGUCUCCGGAAAUGGUCUGGAGAAGAGAGGAGGGGAUAGGGUCAAGCGGGCAGGUUGUUGGGUGGCCGGCCGUCACAAGUCGCAAGAUUUCAUCUAGAGAGAGAGGGGAUAAAGAAGUCAAAGCAUAGGGUAGGGCAGUGUGAGCAGGACCAGUGGUGUCAUUUGACUUAAUAAAUGAGGAUCGGAUGUCGUCAACCUUCUUUUCAAAAUGGUUGACGAAGUCAUCCACAGAGAGGGAGGAGGGAGGAGGAGGAGGAUUCAGCAGGGAGGAGAAGCUGGCAAAGAGCUUCCUGGGGUUAGAGGCAGAGGCUUGAAAUUUAGAGUGGUAGAAAGUGGCUUUAGCAGCGGAAACAGAGGAAGAGAAUGUAGAGAGGAGGGAGUGAAAAGAUAACAGGUCCACAGGGAGUCUAGUUUUCCUCCAUUUCCCCUCGGCUGCCCGGAGCCCUCUUCUGUGAGCUCGCAAUGAGUCGUCAAGCCACGGAGCAGGAGGGGAGGACAGAGCCGGUCGGGAUGCAGAAAGGGAGGAGAGGAGGGUUGAGGAGGCAGAAUCAGGAGAUCGGAGGGAGAAGGAUUUAGCAGAGGGAAGAGAUGAUAUGAUGGAAGAGGAGAGAGUAGCAGGAGAGAGAGAGAGCGAAGGUUGCGACGGCACAUUACCAUCUGAGUAGGGGCAGAGUGAGUAGUGUUGGAGGAGAGCGAGAGAGAAAAGGAUACAAAGUAGUGGUCGGAGACUUGGAGGGGAGUUGCAGUGAGAUUAGUAUAAGAACAGCAUCUAGUAAAGAUGAGGUCAAGCUUAUUGCCUGCCUUGUGAGUAGGGGGGGACGGUGAGAGGGUGAGGUCAAAAGAGGAAAGCAGUGGAAAGAAGGAGGCAGAGAGAAAUGAGUCAAAGGCAGACGUAGGGAGGUUAAAGUCACCCAGAACUGUGAGGGGUGAGCCAUCCUCAGGAAAGGAACUUAUCAAGGCGUCCUCAUUGAUGUACUCUCCAAGGGAACCUGGAGGGCGAUAAAUGACAAGGAUGUUAAGCUUGAAUGGGCUACUGAAAGUAACAGCAUGGAAUUCAAAUAAGGAGAUAGACAGAUGGGUCAGGGGAAAAAGAGAGAAUGUCCACUUGGGAGAGAUGAGGAUUCCUGUGCCACCGCCGCACUGACCAGAAGCUCUCGGGGUAUGCGAGAACACAUGGUCAGACGAGGAAAGAGCAGUAGGAGUAGCAGUGUUUUCUGUGGUAAUCCAUGUUUCCGUCAGCGCCAAGAAGUCGAGGGACUGGAGGGUAGCAUAGGCUAAGAUAAACUCUGCCUUGUUGGCCGCAGAACGGCAGUUCCAGAGGCUGCCAGAGACCUGGAAUCCACGUGGGUCGUGCGAGCAGGGACCACCAGAUUAGAGUGGCAGCAGCCACGCGGUGUGAAGCGUUUCUAUGGCCUGUGCAGAGAGGAGAGAACAGGGAUAGACAGACACAUAGUUGACAGGCUACAGAAAAAGGCUACAAUAAUGCAAAGGAGAUUGGAAUGAAAUGAACUAAACAUCUGGGAAAGCGAGAGCGGGGCCUCCCUCAUGUUUUACUGAAACACUCAAAUAUAACUCUCCCAACUUCCACUUUAGAAAUUAUAAUUGUUGUAAACUACAGCGGUUCAAUGUUUUCUAGGAAUAGACUCUAACUUAGUUUAUUCAGCUAGCUAACUUGGUACAGUAUUCUUCCGUGAAAACCGUCCAGGACACCGAAUCCUAUGACGCCAUAGCCAACUAGCAUGCCAGCCUCCAAUAACACGGUUUAGCACCAAUACUCGGUUACAACAAACCACCAGUGUGUUAACACGCCAAACAGAUCAUUCUUGUCCGUGUCUAACGUUGUGUAAAGUUUUGGGUUAGUUUAGACAGUUUGAGUGAGUACGUCGUCAACUUAUUCAGCCAGUUAGUUAGCUAGAAUAGUUAGCAUACUAGCUAGCCAUUGCUCUCUGUCAACGAACCAACCCCUCCUCCCAAGGCAGGGAACACACAGAGAGCCAAGCUAACAUUAAAUAGUCACCCAUGUCCCGAAUUCCCUUGAACGACUCUGGUUACCAGUAUGUAAAAACAAAACAAAAAUAAAUGUAUGUUAUAACUUACCCUUAGUAGCUACUGUUAGCCAGUUAAGUGCAAAGCUAGCCACUGAAUCGAUUCAGCCAGUUCGCGUCUGUCCCAACGGAGAGAAAGCGUCUCCAAAUAUUACAGCUAGGUCAUUCCAGCUAUUGUUUAGUUAGCUAUCCAGGUAGCAACAAGCUAGUUACAUUUCGAGUACAGUAGCUACUAACUACCUAACGUUAACGCUUCAGAUAAUGAGGUUAGAAAAACAGCUGAAUGGUAGGUAGCUAGCUGGCAUAAUUACAGGUACUCUUAAGCGUGAAAUAAAAUUGGAAACAACUAUCCACAGUUGCUAAUAGUUACCAGUAGCUACCCGCUAGCUAGCUAGCUUUAUUGGUCCAGGUAGUGGGUUAGCUAGCCUCGUGCUUCACCGGGCUCAGCCGAAUACAAUACUUACCUACAAUAAUUACCUACAAUAACCUACAAUAACUACCUACAAUCUAAAUACAUGGUUUAAGCUUUACUCGACACCAUAUAAGAAGCUUACCUCCUGCUAGAGAAACACAACCUCACCCGACCAGUAUCCCCAGGGAUAACGUCAAUUAUCUAAAAACGUGUAAACUCAGAUUUAGCUUAGACCCUAUUUUACAUCAUCUGAGGUUUUUGUGUCGUGCCUGCAUCGUUUGAGACACAACAUGCUCUUGAAUAUAGGGUGGGUGUCAUUUCAAUCAUAGAAAUAUAAUUCAUAGAAUGGACCUAUCCCUUCAGACCACUGCAAUUUAGCUGGUACACCAUUGACAUUUAAAUUGAAUAGACAUUUUAACUUCUAAUUACUACCACAAUGAUGGCCACCAGUUCACACACCGUUGAAUGUCAACUUCAAUGGUCUUGUCUAUUCUAUUAUCUAUAUUUCUAUGAUUUCAAUACAGAUGUAGGAUCUUUAUUUGAGCCCGAUUGCUACAGCAAGAAAAUAAUCCUGUAGCAACAGGAAAUGUGAAUUAUUAUGUGGAUUAUAAUAAACUGACAUUUUCGUUAGGGCAAAUCAAGUCAAAUUUAAAAGUGGAAAUGACCAACUUUAGAAGCCUGCUGCUAUGCAGGAAAAUUCUCAGCAACAAAAGAGUGAUCAAAUUAAGAUUCCAUUCAAGUAAACAUUCUCUGAUGUGUGGACCUCCAACCAUGUGUGGUACCUUUUGAAAGUAGAAAUGUCAAUUGUAUUCCCAUUUUAGUACAUUUAUCAGCCAAAACAUGACAACCACACUGUAUUCGUGAGCAUGUUGUGUCUCAACCGAUGAUGUAAAAUAGGGUCUUAGCUACAACAUAUGUGAAUAUGAAGAGAAGAAAAAAGAAAGGUGUUUUUAAAUCAUUGACAUUUACUUUAUUUUACUUUACUGACUUUAUUGUUCCCGUAUUGAAAUUUUGUUGCAGUAUCAUGUACACGUAUAAAGUGGUGUUUAAAUACAGUAGACAACAAAUUGGCAAUACAAAAUUCAUAAGGUUACAUACAGUAUAUACCGAUGAAAGAAGACCAGCCUACUGACCUUACAGGGUGGAUAGGAACAUUAACCCCAGCUGUUUAGGAGGGAUAUCACACCUGGCACAAAUUAUUAUCUAGUUCUGUUUAAGUUUUACAUACGUUUUAUUCAAAAUAAAAAAAAUAUUAUUUAAAAAGGUUUGACAACCCUGUUUGUAAACUUUUCAAUUAUAUAAAUCUCCACCGUUGAUCUUUGCCAGUGAUGAACACAUGGAUGUCUCUAGCCCAAGAUGUACUCUUAAGGAGGCUACCAUUACUCCUUAAGGUCCAAGGACCUUAUAUGAUAUCUUCAUAGGUAGAAAUAUACAUUUACAUAAGUAUUCAGACCCUUUACUCAGUACUUUGUUGAAGUCUGGCCUCAAGGACAUUCAGAGACUGGAGCAGGUUUUCAUCAAGGAUCUCUGUACUUUGCUCUGUUCAUCUAUGCCUCGAUACUGACUAGUUUCCCAAUCCCUGCCGCUGAAAAACAUCCCCACAGCAUGAUGCUGCCACCAGCAUUCUUCACCGUAGGGAUGGUGCCAGGUUUCAUCCAGACGUGAUGCUUGGCAUUCAGGCCAAAGAGUUCAAUCUUGGUUUCAUCAGACCAGAGAAUCUUGUUUCUCAUGGUCUGAGAGUCUUUUGGUACCUUUUGGCAAACUCCAAGCGGGCUGUCAUGCCUUUUACUGAGGAGGAGUGCUGCAGAGAUGGUUGUCCUUCUGGAAGGUUCUCCCAUCUCCACAGAGGAACUCUAGAGCUCUGUCAGAGUGACAAUUUUUUGGUACCCUUCCCCAGAUCUGUGCCUCGACACAAUCCUGUCUCGGAGCUCUACGAACUCAUGGCUUGGUUUUUGCUCUGACAUGCACCGUCAACUGUGGGACCUGAUAUAGAUAGGUGUGUGCCUUUCCAAAUCAUGUCCAAUCAAUUGAAUUUAUCACAGGUGGACUCCAAUCAAGUUGUAGAAAUAUCUCAAGGAUGAUCAAUGGAAACAGGAUGCACCUGAGCUCAAUUUCGAGUCUCAUAGCCAACGGUCUGAAUACUUAUGUAAAGGUAUUUCUGUUUUUCUAAUUUCUAAAAACAUGUUUUCAUUUUGUCGUUAUGGGGUAUUGUGUGUAGAUUGCUGAGGAAAAUGUUUUAUUUAAUCAAUUUUAGAAUAAGGCUGUAACGUCACAAAAUGUGGAAAAGGUCAAGGGGUCUGAAUAGUUUCCGUAAGCCAUUGUAUGUAGUUCUGUCCUUGAGCUGUUCUUGUCUAUUAAUGUUCUGUAUUAUGUCAUGUUUCAUGUUUUGUGUGGACCCCAGGAAGAGUAGCUGCUGCUUUCACAACAGCUAAUGGGGAUCCUAAUAAAAUACCAAAAUACCACACAGGUGUUCGGAGCAUGCUAGACAGCUAAUUAGCACAGGUGGUCCCUCUGUCAUCCGUCUGUCUUCUGUAAACACUCACUGUAACAUGGGAACACUAACCCUAACCCUAUAAAAGUAUGUAUCAAUGUAACCUUUUGUUUCUUGAAAGUAAUUUCUCAGCGAUAUGAAAAAUAAGGUCCUUAUGCUUCCAGAACCGUAUCGCAAGCGAUGCGUGUUAAUGUUCAGACUGAGCGUGGGGGCUCUUAACAAAACUCCCCCAUACAUAAGACGCCUUCGUCCAAUUACUCUUAUGUGUAAUGUAAUGGAACUAAGAGUCUUGAUCAAGAGCCAGGAUGUCUCAUGGUAUGGUGGGGUAUACAAAAUAGGUCAACUUUGAGUACCUUUAUCUCUUAAAUGUUUUAGCAUUCUGGUCCAAAAAGUCACUUUCUGAGCACAAAGAAUAUGGGCAAAAAUUUUUAUGGAACGUUUCAUUCAAAUAAGAAUCGGUGCUGUCAAAAAGUGAUUGAAUUCAAAUGGAUUUACCCUAUACUAUAGUAUAUUGAAGAACGUCCUGACACGGUUCAAAUCUGAUUUGAGUGUCAUGGUGUUUUUCAGAAGAACUGCUACUACCAUGGAGAAGUGGAGGGCCACGCUAAUUCUGACGUCACUCUCAGUACCUGCUCUGGCCUCCGGUAAGUAACACUUCACUCUAUAAGAUCCCAGCACCCUCAGUCAGACAUGCUGCGUAACUGGCCCUCAAAGCUCUGUCAACAAGCAGGUAUGAGUGUCCACUUACCCAAGAGUAUAGAAUAAUCCACCAGAGCCUAUAAGAGAUCCCUAGACAGAGAACAUGGUCUUGGUCUGGGCCACCCAGUGAUUAUCUGUACUCUCCUCCACUCUCCUCUGGGCAUGUGUCUGUGCCUAAUGGCCACCUGGAAGUAAUAAAGCUGCCUGACUGAGUGUAAACAGCAACAGAAAGCCUGCUGAUGUACGCUCAUCUCCUGUUUAAUUACCCCAAAACUACCGAUGCAUUAUGUGACGAGAAAACGUUUAAUAUGCCAUUAUCCUUUUAACAACGCAAUACAAGCUAAUGACAAGGAACAUUUAGCGGUAAUACAUUGUGAUAAAAUGUUGACCUGAACUAGAAGUAAUGCUGUAGCUGAAGAGUCCACCCCAAUGGAGUUUUACUGGUAAUGCUUUUUUUUUUUUUUUUCUUGUACCUCGUGACAAAAUCCUUGAGGCAGACAGAUGUUUGACGAGCAAUAUGUGGCUUGGCUUCGAUGGCAAAACAAAUUGUUUCCGAGUUUUGGUUGGCCUAAGAGCCUUUUCGGGGAGUUGAAUCUACUGUAAAUCAGUGGGUCCAUUUACAUUGACUGAGUUAUUGCACUAAGAGCCAUUAGUUCAGUCCCAAAAUCCAGCGAGAAAUACAAAAAUAAGCAAAAAUCUAAAUAAUCCAGCCGCAAGAAAGGAAAUAAAGAUUGAUUUGACCAGUUCAGUUGUUAGGCUGUGUAUUAAUCCAAAUGAAAGGUAGUACAGAGAGAAGAAACCCAAAUAUAUCAGUAGGCCUUAGAAAUAGCCUUCCACACUUUGGUCCUUGAAUGUCAAUAGUCCACAAAAAGGAAACUUCUCUUGAUGAUCAAUACACUAUCCGUUACAAGACUUUGAGAAAGGCCUUUCAACUAUAAACAGUUUCCUAGUUACAAACAUUUCUGACCACAAAUGCAGUCAAUAAUCAAGAUGGCUUCCCCCUUCCAGACACACUCAAACCAGGGUUGCGUUCAGUACGACAGAAUGGUGUGCAACAUUAAACUCAAUGGAAACUGUACUGUACUGAACGACCAGUUGAAAAAGUUGUGAUUAUUGCGGCCCAGAUGACAGUUACCACAUAGCGUGCUGCAUGAGUUUUGCGAUUUCAGAUGGUCACACCCAUAUUGAUCAGUCCACAACUCGCCACACCCACCAAACAGGAGCAAACCUACCUCAAAGGCUGUUGAAGAACGGUGCACACUGUGUUGGGGAAAUGUGUCAUUCAGUACAAACUGUCACGUAACGUAGCAAAUUUUGGAGCGAACUGAACAUACCCUAGAAAGUGACUAUGGGUGUGGCUAGGGUGUGACUGGGGCAGAGCCCACAGCCUAUACAUAUCUCAAGAAACCAUGGAACAUUGUGGGUUACACCAUAUUCAAUCAAAACUGGUAAGAUGUUUUUUAUGUCUAAAACAAUAUUAAUGAAGUCGUUGUGUAAAAGGUCCAGUAAAUCGACCCACCCGCACUGCUCACAGCCAGGAAAGUAAACAUGUAGAAUUGAGAAAUUACUUGGGUUUUAAAACACACCAUCUGCAAUGGAUUUGUCCUCUUGAAACUAGCCCUGAUAUGUGAUUCAUGCCAGACUUUUUAUUUGUAUUUGCUAACACCAGAUUGAAGAACCAGAUCCUUAUCAUAGAGAAAUACCUUAAUCAUUGACUUGUUUUCCAUAUAGCUUUUGUAUUAUGGAAUCAGAUCACAUACUGCCCUGUCCACACAGUCAAUGCCUUAUGCCAGAUCUGUUGAACAGCAUUACCUUGUCUUCCCUUCUCUUCCAGGGGUUUCAUCUCUCUUGAAAAUAAGACCUUCAUCCUUGAGCCGUCGUUAUACCAGGACAAUAAUAAACACAUAAUCUACCGAGGGGAAAACCUCAACCUGUCCCCCGGAACCUGUGGUCAUGGCUUCAACAUGUCAUCUGUUAGCCCUAACAACCAUCUGAGAAGCCCUUUCAGAACGUUCAGUACCAGGGUAAGGCUCAUCAUCAACUACAGCAUCAUCUGAGUUCUUUAUCUGACCAUUCAGAUAACCUCCAUCAAAUACCACUUUAGCAAUAUUGUAGGAUUCCAUAAACAACACUGUUCAUGAUAAAGCUCACAGAUAGAAUCAUUAGAUAUAGAAAUAUUCAAACGGCAGAGCUUGAUAAUGGAUUCAUGUUCUAAAUGGUCUGGAGCGUGGGCUCAUGGACUUAUGACAUUGUCGUCCAGAUAUCUUUGUGAUAGCAGCUGCGACACAAGGUUCUGGGUUUGAUAACAGAGCGAGGAGGAUGCCAUCUUUCAUGAUGGGGGAAUCAAUUUAUCUGCCCACUGACAAGAUUAGUAGGAACCACUUCUUCAUUUCUCUAAUGUAAUACAUGACACCAUUUGAAACAGGCUGAUAUGAUUUUAGUUUUAUAAUGGGAAGCCCUUAGAGAGAUGUUAAAUGUUCAUUUGUAAAAUAAUGCAUGCCUUUAUAGCUAUUGCAUUAGAGGUAGGAUCAAACUUAUUUUUACCAUACUUUUGUUGGUAAAACAUAGCUUUUUGUGGCACUAGGAUUCGAUUAAAGACAAUAACAGCAAUUUGUCGCUGUGACUGGACUAUGACCAGGAACCAGGGCUUAAACUGGAUUGGUUUUGUACCUUGAUUGGAGCUCAGACCAGCACAUGAACCAUGGUAGAGAUCCAACCUUGGCCCUUACUCUCUCCCUGGCUCCAGAAUCCUAUAUCAGGGCCAGGGCAGGAGCGUGUGCCCCACUCCCCACUCCAGUCUCCAUGUACCAGGUAUACAGCUCCAUCUGCCCCUACCACAGUACCUGCAUCCAUCCUUAAUCCUGGUCCUCCCUUUUCCUUCAGAAACAAUAACCAAGACACUCACUGACACAGUGAAUCAGAAGCUUUCAAUGUUAAUGCUUUAAAAGCUCUCUAUAAAAAGCACAGGAGUACUAUAAUAGGUGAACAAGAUAUUUUAUAGAAAAGUGUCUGCUGUUAGUGUGUCUCAGCAGAUGAAUACGUUUUUUUUUGUGAAGCUUUAGCCACUGGUGUGUAGGCGGUUAAUGCAAAGUUGGAAUCACAGGUGAUGCCGUGACAGAAGCCUUUUGAAAGAUUAAUAAGCGAUAUUUUUGAAGUAGCUUUAGCAUAAAGAACCCAAUGUGAACUCACAGGAAGUUGUGCGUAAGUGUGCGUUGUUUACAAUGCUCAAAAAAGACCAUGCAGGAUCUUGAGGAGAAGGGUGGUUAAAUUUAGAAUCCCAUGUCGUCGUCCAAACCCCCCCCUGUCUUUCUGCAUCACAGCACAAGAGGCACGCUCAGAAGACUACCAAAUACGUAGAGCUGAUCAUCGUUGCAGACAACAGAGAGGUAAUGUAUCUAUAAUGUAUUUAUAAUGCAUGUAUAAAAGUCCUAUCAUUACCUCAUCAUUACCAUGCCUAUGUGGUUGGCUAGAGAUGGGCAUGAUGAUGUAAGCCACACAGACUUUUUGGAAGAAAAUAGGCGAGACUUUAACAAGGCAAGAACAAAUCCCCCUAGGUAACGGCAGAAUUAGGUCAGUGUGCGGCUACAACCAGUGUGGUCGUCGGUGGUAGCCGUAUUCCACAGGAAGUGCUGAACGAUUCCCCAGUGGACUAGACAGGAAACAGGAAACAGGAAACAGUGUGGAUACAGAAGAAGGAGAGAAAGUCUCGCACUGGGAUUUCCUCUUGGCUGCCCCUAGCUGAUGCUGUUGACCUGAACUGGAAGAGAGGAGGAGAGAACCCAUUUGCUUGUCCAGCUCUAUAAGGGGCAGGUUGGAUGGUUCAGCUAAGUAGGCUUACACUUAGGACACUCAAGCAGGUGGAUGCACAGUGGGAUGAAAAAGAAGAGUCUGUCUCAACAUGGACGCAUCUUACAUGCUAUUUCUGCCAAUGCACAUGCUCGCUGUUGUCUUGCCAAUUGUUUCUUUCCCACUGUGAGAUCAGCCCAGAUCCAGAUUGAUUGCAGCUUGACAACCUGUCCGACCUGUUAUGCCUUCUCUCUCAGACAGGUUGAAGAUACAGGGUAUCUGUAACUUAUGGGACCAUUUCUGCAUAGAAUUACCAUUAUACUGUAGUAGCUUGUGUAAAGGACUAAAAAUAUACAUGAUGAGGAAAACUGAGAACAAAUAUAAUAAAAACAAACUAACUUACUUGGUAAAAAAUAGCAAAAUAGCCUUGACUUGGGGACUAACGCCGAACACCUCAAACACAGGGCAAAAUGCCCAUAAACUCACUGAGUUACUCACACAUCUGAGUAUUUGGCAGAACUUUAGUAACAGCAUGUUACCUCGACAAGCAGAAGAUCUGCUUGCCGAGGUAACAUGGAGGUAAAUUCUCAAUGAACAUUCAGUACAUAAUAGUACACUUGAAUGGCAAUACUAUUGCACAGUUGACAUUACAAUGGCUAACACUUAACUCAAAGGUAUAAUUAGCACACACAUUAGCGAUUACGAUAAACUUUCAAAACACUCCUUAAAUGGGAGAUUCCCCUUAAACGUGAGAAACCAAAUAAAGCCCUGAACAUCACCCGCAUGCUGACUUAGGAACCCAGUUCACAAAGAAGGUGGACACAGGUUGGCAGUAAAUUAUAUGAUAACCAGACUCUUGCGUUUGUGUUCUUAUAAAGCUAUCAUAAAGAAUAAUAUAAUAAUUAUUAUAUGAUAUAAUAAUAAUAAUGAUCGUAGCGAUAGUCAUGUUAGAAAAGUUGGUGUACCAAACAAUCAGUUUGUAUGGGAAGAAAUGAAGGUAAAUGUCCCGAAGUGGCAAUGUCUCACAGCCACACUUGUUGAAAUGAUAUUGAACCCAGUUUUCAGUACUGUAUAUUAUGGGCAUUAUCUUGUGCUCUCAUCCACUAUUCAUGUCCUUCUUUGCUUCCUAACGUCUAACAAUGUUAACCUGGUGGUUGUGUGUUCAGUUUCAGAAACAGGGGAAGGACGUUGACAGGGUGAAGCAGAGACUGGCAGAAAUAGCCAAUUACGUGGACAAGGUAAAACCUCCACCUCCCAAUGCACAGCAGAGAUCCAUCAUAUGUUUAAAAUAGAAAUACCUCUGGCAGUAAAGAUUAAUGCCACACCAGGCUAAUAUAUUAAUGUCAGUCUCUCACAACUGAUUUUAGUCCAUCUAAAAUUAUAUUUUAGAGCUAUCGAUAGAUCGCUCGUAUAAGGGUCCCAAGCAAGUCCCAAGCCAUUCAUCCAUACUACCUUUUUAUGUAAAUCUGUCCAAAAAUACAUUGUUGAUAUGGGCGAGAUCUGACGAUAGUACUACAACUAUGCAUCCUUCUACUCACUGCCCCUCCUCCUCCUCCUCCUCCUCAGUUCUAUAGGGUCCUGAACAUCCGUGUGGCCCUGGUGGGCCUGGAGGUGUGGAGCGACGCUGAUAAGUGUCCUGUCACUCAGGACCCCUUCAACACCCUGCAUGAGUUCCUAGACUGGAGGAAAGUCAAACUACUGCCUACGAAAUCACACGACAAUGCUCAGCUCAUCAGGUGGAGAUCCUACAGUACACAUAAACGCAUAAACACACACAUAAAACACACUCAAACAAAGAGACACACGCAAGUUCUACCGCCCAUACAGUUUCUGAUUCAUACAGAAGCUUCCGUUGUUUGUGAUUUGGGAUAUGAGAUUGGCUAUGAUUGGAUUAUUCUUAUGUAUUUAACCCCUGAAGUCACCUUCUGUACCUCUCCUCGAUCCCCUUCCCCCCAGUGGGGUGUACUUCCAGGGUACCACCAUUGGCAUGGCCCCCAUCAUGAGCAUGUGUACAGUGGAGCAGUCUGGAGGCAUCGUCAUGGUGAGUACAAGCUGAACUUCACUGUUCCUCCUCUAUUCAGUCUGAUGCUAUCAGCAGCAUUGAUAUUGUUCUCAGCUCAGCUUAACACUUUCCAGAGGCACAGUGUAAAGAAAAUGUGUUCACCGUUCAUUGUUUGGUGAAGGGGUCGGAGGAAAUUAUGAUUGUAAACACCAGGAUAUUCACACCCACGUACACACAGAUGCAAUCACGCGUGCACGCACGCACACGCGCAUGCACACACACACACACACACACACACACACACACACACACACACACACACACAAUCCAAGGUCAUUUGAAGUCAUUUAACCAACCAGUCCAGUUAUAAAUGUAGGCCGAUGUGGGUUUGAGGUAAAUCACUGUAUACAGAGCUUAAACAAGACAAAUUUUCAUUUUUAUGAGGGGUGAUAAAUGAUUUGUGCCAGGUCAUACUAUAGGUCACAAUAGAAUGCCCUUUACUCACUACCAUGCACAACCCACACAGUUAAGAUUUUUUGAAUGAGCAAAGUGAGCUGUGUUUCCGUCCCAACUGUAUCACCUGAUACCCUUUUCCCCCACUGGGCCAGCCCCCUAGCAAUUCGAGUUCUAGCCAAUGAGCUUCAGCCCCUCGCCAUUUGAGUGACAGCUAGCAAGAUGUACACACAGCAGAGCAAGAGAGAGAGAGAGAGCAAGGACGUGGUGCACAUAUCUGCACAUAUGUGAUGUAGUACGCAAUUUUCGGGGGCCACUUUUGGCUUGUGAAUGCUACUUUCAGAACUACUGGCUAAAAAGUAGACAAAAGUACCGGAAAAUCUCUUUAAUAGAUAUGUUUUUCUUCUGGCCAGGGUUGGCUGGAUAUUUCCAGAUGUUUGUCCUACCCAUUACUCACACAUGGCAAAGGCUUGGAGCAGGAUUACAGAACCAUGUAUCGAGUUAUAGGGCCAAAGGAUCAGAUGAACCACUUCGUAUUCCACCAUAUGUUAUUACUAACUCCAACCUCCUUUAUUUGCUCCACAUGUAGGUUGAAUUUCACAGUUUGUGCUUCGCUUGGUUUUUAAAACAAAUGUUUAGUCAUUAAAUGUAAACAAAAUACAGUAAUCUUGUUUUGGGAGAUAAAAUAUCCCCCUGCAUGUCUGGAAACGAUAUCAGAAAGCCCGUAAAAACCUUUCAUGACCAAACUAACCCUAUCGUGUUGUCACCAUCGCAGCUAGCUUAGAAGGGCUGACUGACUUCAACUACGUCAAUUCACUCUCUCUGAUUCUACAAUUACAGUGCUUGUGAAGGGGCACUCAACCAUAAUGCGUGCGGUAUGAUCCGCACCACUCAGUGACAUCCAUGAGACCUCUCAUAAACAUGACAGAGCUGGGAGAGACGUAGUAUCCUUCCUCUAAAACCCCAGCUGCCAUGCGGCUCUGUAAUCAGGGCCCUCCUCUUUAAUGGGAAAAAGCAUGCGUUUCUCAUGGACAUUAAACAAGGCCUCUGUACACAACAGCUGAGAUCAGACUAGUUGUGGGGCCUAUGGAUUGAGAAAAUGGCUGAUUCAUAUGCCUACUUUUUGUGCCUUGUUGUGUCGCGUUGGAUGACAGCAUCCACAUAGGGGAAACAUUAUAUGACUGAGACGAGUCUUUCUGUCUCCAGUAUCCCCUAGUAAAUUAAGAGCUUGUUGUGUGUGUGUGUGUGUAUGUAUGUUUCAGUGUGUCUAUACAUAAUUCAUGGCUUAGUGGUGUGGUUUACCUGGUGUGAUUUAAUAAAGGCACACACGCACAUAGUGUGUAAAGCUCCAUGGGGAGGGACCUUCAUAAUUUAAACUGCCGUUGUGUGUGCUCCUGUACACUCUCAGCUCUCAGCACUUAACUGUGCAGCAAGCUUCAGCAGCCUGUCUUACCUUCACUUCUACUGUUCCCUCACUUUCUUCUCUUUGUCUCUCAGUGUCUUUGCCGCUCUUUUUUUCUGUCUCAUUCCGUUCUCUCUCUGCACUCAUCUCUGCCUUUCUCUGUCUGGUACUUUUCAGUUGUCAAAUUUUCCUCGGUUUUUCUCCAUCACUCUUCCCUUCUCCCUAUCUCUCUACACCCCCUCCCCUCCCUCUACCCUGUCUCCUUCUGAAGGACAGUGGUCUAGCUUAUCGGUGCACUAAAAUGUCAUAAUGCACCAAGUUUAUAUUGCUCCCCAGCAUCUGUCCCCACUGGCAGUAGUGUGUGAUUGGGGCUGGUGAGGGAACAGCAGACAGCCUCCGAUGAGCUCCCAUCCUCCAUGAGCAGAAUGUCUAAUGACAUGUGGAUCAGUGGCACCUAAUGGAUCCACUGUGGGCCUGUAGAGUCAACCGAACUAAGAUAGAUAUGUAGUGAACUAGAUGUGUAGUGAACUAAUGAGGGAAAAAAGUAUUUGAUCCCCUGCUGAUUUUGUACAUUUGCCCACUGACAAAUAAAUGAUCAGCCUAUAAUUUUAAUGGUAGGUUUAUUUGAACAGUGAGAGACAGAAUAACAAAAGAAAAAUCCAGAAAAACACAUGUCAAAAAUUGUAUAAAUUGAUUUGCAUUUUAAUGAGGGAAAUAAGUAUUUGACCCCCUCUCAAUCAGAAAGAUUUCUGGCUCCCAGGUGUCUUUUAUACAGGUAACGAGCUGAGAUUAGGAGCACACUCUUAAAGGGAGUGCUCCUAAUCUCAGUUUGUUACCUGUAUAAAAGACACCUGUCCACAGAAGCAAUCAAUCAAUCAGAUUCCAAACUCUCCACCAUGGCCAAAACCAAAGAGCUCUCCAAGGAUGUCAAGGACAAGAUUGUAGACCUACACAAGGCUGGAAUGGGCUACAAGACCAUCGCCAAGCAGCUUGGUGAGAAGGUGACAACAGUUGAUGCGAUUAUUCGCAAAUGGAAGAAACACAAAAUAACUGUCAAUCUUCCUCGGCCUGGGGCUCCAUGCAAGAUCUCACAUCGUGGAGUUGCAAUGAUCAUGAGAACGGUGAGGAAUCAGGCCAGAACUACACGGGAGGAUCUUGUCAAUGAUCUCAAGGCAGCUGGGACCAUAGUCACAAGAAAAACAAUUGGUAACACACUACGCCGUGAAGGACUGAAAUCCUGCAGCGCCCGCAAGGUCCCCCUGCUCAAGAAAGCACAUAUACAGGCCCGUCUGAAGUUUGCCAAUGAACAUCUGAAUGAUUCAGAGGAGAACUGGGUGAAAGUGUUGUAGUCAGAUGAGACCAAAAUGGAGCUCUUUGGCAUCAACUCAACUCGCCGUGUUUGGAGGAGGAGAAAUGCUGCCUAUGACCCCAAAACACCAUCCCCAUCGUCAAACAUGGAGGUGGAAACAUUAUGCUUUGGGGGUGUUUUUCUGCUAAGGGGACAGGACAACUUCACCGCAUCAAAGGGACGAUGGACGGGGCCAUGUACCGUCAAAUCUUGGGUGAGAACCUCCUUCCCUCAGCCAGGGCAUUGAAAAUGGGUAGUAGAUGGGUAUUACAGCAUGACAAUGACCCAAAACACACGGCCAAGGCAACAAAGGAGUGGCUCAAGAAGAAGCACAUUAAGGUCCUGGAGUGGCCUAGCCAGUCUCCAGACCUUAAUCCCAUAGAAAAUCUGUGGAGGGAGCUGAAGGUUCGAGAAGCCAAACGUCAGCCUCGAAACCUUAAUGACUUGGAGAAGAUCUGGAAAGAGGAGUGGGACAAAAUCCCUCCUGAGAUGUGUGCAAACCUGGUGGCCAACUACAAGAAACGUCUGACCUCUGUGAUUGCCAACAAGGGUUUUGCCACCAAGUACUAAGUCAUGUUUUGCAGAGGGGUCAAAUACAUAUUUCCUUAUACUUAGCUAUCCAUGCUAGACAUUACACAAAGCAGUCAUUAUACAAUAGCUACUAAUGGUGUGGUUUUCAGAAAGAUUCACAGAACAAAGUACAGAAAUGUGUUCUCAGUUGUCAGUUUUUUCUCAAUUUCCUUUUUCGACAGAAUAUGAAUGUGUUUUUUUUUUCUGUAGGAUCAUUCGGAUAAUCCCCUGGGUGCGGCUGUGACUUUAGCACAUGAGCUGGGGCACAACUUUGGCAUGAACCACGACACUCCAGAGCGGGGGUGUGGCUGCAGGAUGACAGUGGACCGCGGGGGCUGUAUCAUGACCCCCUCCACUGGGUAAGUGAUGCCAAUGGUCCAGUCCAUUCAUAUUAAUGGAUUAUAAAAACUGUGUAUAAAAAUAUGUUAUAAAAACUGGAUGGUAGGCCAGCUAUAUAAAUUCCAGUCAAUUUCGGGAAAAUUGAGGUUUCAGUUUAUCUGUACUGGCUCGAAUUGAAAUGGAGGUUACAUCAACCUUUUUUCCCCCCUCGAAACUCUGAUAGUCCCUUUUCUCUCAUCAAUGUGUAACAGUUUAACUUUAACUCCCAAAUCAGCCGUACACUUUACCAGCAUGCAAAUGAAGACCCAUUCAUUCCCCAACUUUUCAGAAUAAAUUAGCAACUUCUUUUAACCUUGUGUUAACAGACCAUACAGACAAGAUUAAUCACCUCACAGCUUAUACAGGGUCAAUCGUUAUCUCAUGUAAACACUAGUUCCCUGUGUGUGUCAUUGUUAAUGUGUGGAUGGUUAUGCAUCUUGCUGAGGGCUGGGACCAACUUCCCAACCUGAAGACAGAGCGACUGCUCACAGAUUCUCUCUCCGUUCCCAGCCUGGGAUCUCGUGAUAACGCAGCUGCCGCGAGUGAUGGACCAUGUGACUGUUCCUUAGUAAACAGUAGUCAGAUAAGGUGUACCCUGCGCAUAUUAUGAGAUUUCACCCUUGGUCUGAUAGCAAUUUGUUUUAUCUGAUGAUGAGUGGACUUGCAGACGGAUGGAUGUGUUUGGGAUGUAUUUUACAGCCUUGUGAGAGAGGGGAAGAGGAGGGAAAAGGGGAAACUAUAUGUCAGGUAGAUAGACAGACGGGUGCACAAGCAGUGGAGUCUGUUAUUGCCAUCGGAAUUGGAAAUGUAGAAAUUCAGCUGCUUCCUGAGCAGUACAUCCAAGGGGGCUUAGUUAAAGGAUGCGUCGCUGCCUCCUGUUCGGAACUGUGCCGCUGAGGAUCAUGGGUAGGAUCUGAGGGGUGUGGGCCGCAAUCGGAUGCAGCUGAUUCACAGCCUGUCGACGACGGUCCCUCUUGUCUCUGGGCUUGCUGUGUUUUCACUAGACCAGGCUCUCACCGUUGUCAUUGGAGCCAGGCCAUGAAAAACACAGUGACACAAUUCUCAAUGAUGUGCUCAUAAAACAACAUAGCGACCCACUGGGAGGAAACCGCACAGAGCUUGCGAGGGCAUCCUUCGAAAAUGCCAGCAGGUCUUUGAAUAAGCGAAAGACGUUAUCCGCCCGUCGGAGUUAGCCAGAGAAAAUAAUAUGACCUUUUACCUAAAAAAUAGUCCAGCCGAAAACUGCGUGCAACAGAGAUGGCAGUGAGCUCAUUCUGUUAUACUCAUGCAAUAUUAAUUGAGAAAAAUUGGGUAACACUUUAUUUGGAUAGUCCAUCUGUAGAUGCUCUACAGACUAUCAGUAACAUUUCAACUAACGCUAACCUUAACCCUUAUCCUAACCCUAAACUUAACCCUUACCCUAGCCCUAACCCUAAUCUUAAACCUUACCCAAACCCUUAUUCUAACCCUAAUUGUAACCUUAGUAAGCAGUUGCUUAUCAACAGAUCAUUUGUUGAUAGUAUGACCAGCGUUAGAGCAUCUACAGAUAGAAAAUCUUGACUAUCCAAAUAAAGUGUGACCAAAAAAUUCUCCAUUAAGGCAUGAAAUGAAUGCAUAAGCAGCCUUUACCACCAUUAGAGAAUGCAUGCAAAAAUUAUAUUUUAGUUUCUUUGAAGUGAGUUUUGCGAGAUGGCUAUUUCAUAUGUUAACACAAUAUGUGCUUUGAUUUAUACACAUUGUGGAAGACAGUUCAGAUAAGGCAAUACUGUACUAACAUGUCUGUUUUUCUGAGGAAAGACAUUGUUUUUCUCUGUAUGUUCGACUCGAACCUCAGGGCUAAACUUCAGUCAGAAUAGAACUCAGACAAUGCCCAAUUUCAACAGUAUCAGGACCCAAUGGGAACAAUCCUACAACGUCCUCAGUUCACUUCAGCUGAAAGGCCACUGAGCACACACAAGACAAGAAAUAAGGUAUAGCAUAUCCAACUGACAUUCUGUGUGUUUAUUAGUGUGUAUGCUAAAUAUGUGGAAACACACACUUGCGCACAAAGGCACACACACACACACACACACACACACACACACACUCUGUCUGUCUGUCUGUCUGUCUGUCUGUCUGUCUGUCUGUCUGUCUGUCUGUCUGUCUGAUACACCAAUAAACACACGCUACAUCAGCUGGAUAUGCAAUGCCUUAUUUCAGCCAGUCAAACACAUCCUCCUCCGAGCUAAAUUUUCAGUGGCUUGUUGACAAAACCAGUCAUUUCAGCAAUCCAAUCCGAAACUAAUUUCCUCCUCACCGUUUUAUGCCUUCUUUACCCACAGUGCACGCUGUCUCGAUCUAUCCCUCAGUCCUGCUGCAUUCUCAGAAUGUGAUGAGCAGGCAGGCAGGCAGUGAACCCUGUGUAGCUGCCUGGGUGUUGUGUCAGGGACAUUCUUUAGUCAGACAUGCUAAUGGAGCGGAGCACAGGCUGCAUCUAAAUGACGUGAUUAUCACUGACGCUGCCAGCUGAAAUCAGGAACAGGGCUCAGAGUGAGAUCCACAGAGGAGGUUUUUGCCAGGCUAGACAAACACUGAGGGGACUGUGCUUUUUUUAUUUACAGUGUUUUCUUUGUUAUAGAAGAACAGUGCGAGAGAUAGGAGGGAGAGAGAAAGAGAGAGACAGAGAUGUGGUGGGCUUGCUUAGUGGGGAUGUAAAGUUAGAGGGUUGUGUUUGAAUAGAGCACCUACAGCAGAUCCCAAAGAGAGGCGUGUUGGCUCAUAUCCAGAUUUGAAGUACAACAUAUCUUAGAGUGAGAGAGCUGAGCUGUUUGAUGUGGGGACUUAAGAGCGGUUAAGAGCAUCGGGCCAGUAACCGAAAGGUCGCUGGUUCAAAUCCCUGAGCCGACUAGCUGAAAAAUCUGCCGAUGUGCCCUAGAGCAAGGCACUUAACCCUAAUUGCUCCUGUAAGUCGCUCUGAAUAAGACCGUCUGCUAAAUGAUUAAAAUGUCAAAUGUAAAUGUGGGGACUUGUCAUGGUAGUGGAUUGUGUCAUUUGUGGUAGCUUUGGGUAGUCCCAGUUAGGUGGCUGUAUCAUGUGUAAUUGAGUAGAGCACAGACCUACAGCAGGGUGUAUAACUGGGCUGCAAACUCAUGGUGAAUCUCUGGAGAGGGGGGAAAUUAUUACCAAUGUCAAGGUAGGACGGGAAUUGAGGGAACAUUGACUAAUUAUGGGGUUGGUUAACUGAGUUGAGCGCCAGCAUGCGUCCGUGCAUCUGUGUCUGUGAGUAACAUUAUACUUUUAUGUUGUGGAGAAUCUAGAGGUGGUUGGUGGGCAGAUGUUUUGGGUAAUGCCCCGGGCUGGUAUUGAGGGGUACACAAUUCCCUUAACUGUCUGAGUAGACCAGUGCCAACACUACAGCAUGGUUUCACAUCUGCUUAAAGGUCAGACUUGUCUCACCAACAUAGUUAGUUUUGGAGCAAAGUUUCGAGGCGCAGAUGGCUGUUCUAGUCUCCUGUGGAAAGAGACCCAAAGACAGGCUGGUGUUUCACUCCCACAGAUGAAAACAUCCUGCUCUAGUCUCCUCACCCACCACUUCCAUUGUCAACAGACAUCCAUGCCAGCCCCCUAUCCGCCUUGGCAUUUACUCAGCCACUGAACCCAGUGGCUCCUUGUUUGACUUGAUCAGACUAACAACAGUCUUCUGGGCCCCCUGAUGUAGGCUAGAUUCAGAGAAAUGCUACUGUUAGUCACCAGCGGUGACAGCCCAAGCUCUGCCUCAGUACAAUGUUGCCAUAUCAGUGUGACUGUGAUACCUCUGCAUUUGUGACACGACCACAGAUGGUCCCAAAUCCUCUAUGUCAGAAGUCAACAGAGACUUACUAGGCCUUGUUGUUGUCGCUGCAGAGCAGGAGACAUGUUACAUUGGCAACCUGAAAAUGACUGCAGUGCAGAUUAAUAAUAAUAAUAAUAUUGUUGUUCCCCACUUUACUUUCAAAGCGUUCCAAGGAAAAAUGCUAAUUAAUUCUGUGUAAUUUCCUAUAGAUCAGUCCUGCUGACAAAAGAGCACAUCAGAUCAUAUCCAUUUGCUCUUUCCCUCUGUGUGUCUGCCUGGCAUUGAACUCCUGUUAGUAAUAACAAAGGCUGUCAGCGUCUGAGCCCCCGGGGAGUACAAAAGAUGCUGUCUGUCAUCAUUGCCACUGCUCUAAGUAAGAUAUGAACGGCCAUUCAUCAUAUGAGCUAUCAAGGCUGAUCAGAAUAUGAAUUAGCUUCUGUAUCAGCUUUUAUGAAUAACCUUAGCAACUCCUAUUGCCUCUCAUACUGGCUGUCAAUCAGGAUGACUAGGUUUGAAAUGGAUACUCUACGACCAUUAUGUGGCGUCUGCCCCAACACCCCAACACCUCCUAGUCCUAAUUAGAUCUACAUUGCUUGACUGUUCAUGAAGAAAACGUGGGGGUUUUAAGCUAAUAUUAUCCACUGAAACUUAUAGUUCCUCGUAAUAUCAUUUCCUGGACGGCGUAGCCGGCACGUGGCAUCAGCUGUAACAACAGUCACUGGGGUGUAGGGGGAUCCACAUUCCAUAUCUGUAUUAAAGGACUAGAGGGGACUAGCAAGCAGGGCCCACGCCUCUCCCCAGGCCUGGUGGACCUGCUCUGGGUGCUCAGCUUGGGAGGAGAUGAUGGGCAGUCUCAGGCUGGUCGCAGCAGAUUGCUUUGUCUGCUAGUGGAGUUAAGUAUUGUGUUUUUCCCCACACAGAUCAGGGGUCUCCACCACUCCUUUGUGUUAUCAGCACAGCAGGCUGAUUUUACGAGGGCCUGUUCAGUGGCUUGGUGUAGCCUUGCUCCCUCUCACUUUGGUUCCCCCCUAAAGAGCAGUCAAGCUCUGUGUAGUUAGUAGACCCUGUUCUUUUGAGGUAAACACAUUUAGAACCAAAUGGAUGAAUGGAGCAGACAGGUUGAUGUGGUGCUGGUCAUCACUGGGUGGUAAAGAAACACUUGAUACUCACAGAGGUGUUUCAGAGGUGAUGGGUGGACUGUGUUCGACAGCACGAUGUGUUCUCCCAGGGAGUUGUUGUGAGUGAGAGUUCAGUGGGUUUAUCCUCAGUAGUAGGGAGGGAGCACAGUGUGUUUUCUGGCUGCCUCCCCUUAUCUCUUAGCCCCUAGCGGGCCCACUAAAGAGUGAACUGAUGACAGUGCAACGUCCAUAGAGUUACAGCUGCCAAAUCCCCCCUAGGCUGAGGCCAAGCAUCACAGAUGCCCUCACAAACCCGAUGCCAAGUUUCAGCUACAACCAGACUCUGUUUCACAUUAAAGAAAGUAAUUCUGUCUAAUGUCAAGGUUUAGCCUCAAACCUUCUUUGGCCCACGCAAUGUCAAGUUUACCAACCUGGUCCAUCCAGUGCCAAGACUCUCAACCCUUUAGUCAUUUACAUUUACAUUUAAGUCAUUUAGCAGACGCUCUUAUCCAGAGCGACUUACAAAUUGGUGCAUUCAACUUAGUCCUCUGACUCUUUGAAGCAGUCAUGUCUGAUGUCAGCUUUUCCACAAUCCCAUGCCAGCGGUCACCCUCCUGGCCAUCUUGCUCGGCCCACACCAGCCUCCUAGCUUGGUACCAGCCCUUCUCCUCCUCGGUCGGUCUUAAGAAGGCUUUUCAAAAUGCCGCCUGUCCAAAGCCAACCCUCCAUCUUCACCACUCACGACACCGCUCACUUUCAGAUACCAAGCUUACCCAAAGCCUUUUCUUUUGUGCCAGUCGCCUGUGCCAAUACCACUCCUUCAUACUGUCUCAUUAGCCAGCUUUACAUACUGAAAGUGCGCCAGCCUAGAGUCAAACAGUAAAGUCAUUAUAUAGGCCUGUAUGUCUCUGGCUCAGCCCACCUGCUGCCAUUUCUAGUAUUGUAAUUAUAGAUUUGUCACGUCCAGUGUUCUGUUCUUUGGCUUUAGUCUCCUACUGUCAGAGUUGUUAGGGUGAUGGGAGGGAGGUUAGAGGAGGACAGGGGUUGAUAAUGAGGUGAAGGAGCAGUGUGUAUCCGUCUGUCCUGUGGUUGGUUGGUCGGUAUGUACAGUACAGCCUGAGGAACACAUUCUGGCAGCACAGAAACCCCUAGGGAGGACAGCUGUUACAAACAGAUAUUUUGUCCACAUUUAGGAUGUUUUUAUUUCUUAGUUUCCUACUUAUGUAGACAUACAGUAUACGCUAUACAAACAAAAGUAUGUGGACACACACGUUGCUGACAGGUGUAUAAAAUCGAACACACAGCCAUGCAAUCUCCAUAGACAAAGAUUGACAGUAGCAUGGCUCGUACUGAAGAGCUCGGUGACUUUCAAUGUGGCACCGUCAUAGGAUGCCACCUUUCCAACAAGUCAGUUCGUCAAAUUUCUGCCCUGUUAGAGCUGCCCCGGUAAACUAUAAGUGCUGUUAUUGUGAAGUGGAAACGUCUAGGAGCAACAACGGCUCAGAACGGGACCUGCCGAGUGCUGAAGUGCGUGGCGCAUAAAAAUCGCCUGUCCUCGGUUGCAACACUCACUACCGAGUUCCAAAGUGCCUCUGGAAGUAACGUCAGCACAAUAUCUGUUUGUCGGGAGCUUCAUGAAAUGGGUUUCCAUGGCCGAGCAGCUGCACACAAGCCUAAGAUCACCAUCCACAAUGCCAAGCGUCGGGUACAGUGGUGUAAAGCUUGCCGCCAUUGGACUCUCGAGCAGUGUAAAUGUGUGUGAUGAAUCACGCUUCACCAUCUGGCAGUCCGACAGACGAAUCUGGGUUUGGCGGAUGCCAGGAGAACGCUACCUGCCCCAAUGCAUAUUGCCAACUGUAAAGUUUGGUGGAGGAGGAAAAAUGGUCUGGGGCUGUUUUUCAUGGUUCGGGCUAGGCCCCUUAGUUCCAGUGAAGGGAAACUUAAUGCUACAGCAUACAUUCUAGAAUAUUUUUUUAUUAUAUAUAUUUUUACUUUCUUACUUAUGUAGACAUACACAGACUGGUAAAAAGUAAAAUAGAGAUAUCAUGUACUGUAUGUGCCACAAGCUUGGCUUGGCUGCAGGUCUGAUUAGGUCUGAUAAUCAUGUUUAAAAUAUGCUUCACCGCAAUGUAUAAGUAAAUAUUAUGUUGUUGCUGAAGACACACAGACAAACUUAAAGAGGCAUGUGUAAUUUCCCCAUAGCCCUCCUUUUCAAAAGCCUGUUGCUUCAAAUGGCCCAGAUUACCCAAGCUCCUCUGUGAUUGAAGACUAAGGUCUGCCUGAGCGGCGGAUAAAUAUUUAUGAAAAUAAGGGGCUUGCAGACCAAGCUGCGUCUUUGUUGUAUUGAUCGUUUGUUUGUUUGUCUUUGUGCUUAUGAAACUGUGUCAAAUCGGAACGCAUCUGAUGUCGGUAGACCGUUAAAUAUGUGCCAAGGCUUUAUAAAUGAACAAGCCAGUAGAGCCUUUAUAGUUUCAGUCUGAGCUCAGUCUGGGUUUGCUAGUUUCUGGCAUGUGUACAUUUACUUGUCCUAAGUUAACCUUUAAAGGCUUAAAAGUAUGAGCAUACUUUAACCAGGAAUGACAAGCAUACAGGAAUGAAUCAGAUCAUUUUUGAAUGUAAUUGCCUGUUGGACUAUUUUAUGGAAACUCUGACCUUGAACACCAGAAGCAUGCCAGAUUGCUUGUGCCCAUAUCCUAGGUUUGUGCCCACAGCAGGUGUACUGUAACAGUGUAUCUGCAUAGCAACACUUUGCACUCAACAAGUUUCCACUGUCUUUAUCCCCCAGGUACCCAUUUCCUACAGUAUUCAGCACCUGCAGUAAAAAGGACCUGGCAGCCAGUCUGGAGAAGGGAGUGGGAAUGUGUCUGUACAACAUGCCUGAGGUCAAAGUGCUGUACGGGGGACAGAAGUGUGGCAAUGGAUACGUGGAGGAAGGAGAGGAGUGUGACUGUGGAGAACUGGAGGUACAGUAAGAUUCAAUGGAACAGAAUGCAGAGAAACAAUUAUUUAUGUCAUAUUAUACUGUAGAUAUAGCUACAGAAAGCUUGCAUUGGACCAGCAGUCACUAUCCACACUAAAGAACACAGAGAAAUACAACAAACUAUGAACACCUGCACAGAAUAGCAACAAACGACACACAGUAACUACCCAUGUUCCAAGAUAGCGUAGCAGUGUUUUUUGCAUUUUUUUUGUAUUUCACGUAUAUAUUUCCCUAUCACACUUUUCAUCCUUCUACUAAAUAUACUUUCCUGCAACCCACCUCACUCAAUGUGGAACGGAUUCUAUUAUUUACUCACCUUUAUCUAAAAUCUCCAGUUGAAACUAGCCAGCCAGCUAACUAGCUAACUAGCUACUUGCUAUUAGCCACCGUCAGCGGUUUUCACCCAGAACACCGGAAUAACUGAAUCACUGGACCUUAACACCGGAUCUAGCUAGCCGCAACCAAAUGUAUGUCGCUGUAGGCUAAUCACCACUGCCCCCGUAGCACCAGUUAGCCUUGAGCCUUGAGUUAGCCCCGGCUAUCUACCUCUCUAUCUACCGGACAGGAGUAGCCAGCUAACCAGCUAACUAGCUACUUGAUAUUAGCCACCGUUAGCGGCUUUUUCUCCAUUGUCCGUGGCCUGCACUACCUACCAGCCAGCUCUUGUCUGGACUAUUAUCGGCCAGUCUGCACUGUCUGCACAGCGAGUUAUCGACCCAGAACCUAUCGGAUUUUCUGCCGGAUUCACUGAAUCACUGGACCUUUAGCAGUGGAUAAUCGCAACUAGCUAGCUGCAACCAUAUGAACGUUGUUGUUGGCUAAUCAGCCUUGAGCUAGCCUUGAGUCAAGCACAUCUCCCGGCUAUCUACCUCUCUGUCAACCGGACAGGUCCUCCUAGAGUCGACACGGAGCCCUGCCGAUCCAUCAAGACUGGUCUGCUGACGUAAUCGUCUGUGGUUUCAACCGGCUUCCCGUUGCGACGACCACGAAGAUCCAUCUGCUACCCCCGGCCCGCUAGCACACGCAAACUACAACCGUGCUUCCUGCUCGCUGUGCUGAAGCACCAAUUUGAACUGCUCUCGGUGUCACGUUCGUUGAAUGACGGGUCAGACCAAGGCGCAGCGUGAUAUACGUACAUGUUUAUUAACUUAUAAACACAACGACAAAACAACAACCGAAAUGAAACGUGAAGUCCAAGGUAGAACACACAACAUACCUUACAAGGAACAAGAUCCCACAACUAGACAGUGCCAAUAGGCUGCCUAAGUAUUGUCCCCAAUCAGAGACAAUGAGCGACAGCUGCCUCUGAUUGGGAACCACACCGACCAACAUAGAACUAUACAUACUAGAUCACCAACAUAGAAAAUACAACAUAGAACAUUCACACCCUGACUCAACAUAUAAGAGUCCCCUGAGUCAGGGCGUGACAGUACCCCCCCCCCCCCCCCCCCCCAAAGGUGCGGACUCCGACCGCACAACAUAAACAUAACAGGAUAGGGGCCGGGUGGGCAUUCCGCCUCGGAGGCGGAUCCGGCUCCGGGCGUGACGACCUCUUACUCUCCGCCUCCCUGUUGCGCCCCUGGUCUGGUCUGGAGCCGCUGACCGGAGCUUGACCAGGCACCAGUGGAGCGGACUGCUCUGGCUCCGGAGUGGAGCCGCUGACCGGAGCUGGACUGGACCCUGGUGGAGCGGACUGCUCUGGCUCCGGAGUGGAGCCGCUGACCGGAGCUGGAUCAGGCACCGGUGGAACGAGAACACGGGCCCAUGCCGGACACGACACACGCACCACUGGUCUGGUGCGAGGAGCAGGCACGGGCCGGACCGGACUAGGAACACGCACCACUGGCUUGGUGCGAAGAGCAGGAACGGGCCGGGCCGGACUGGCGACACGCACCACAUUAUUGGUGCGAGGAACAGGAACAGGCCGGGCCGGACUGGCGACGCGCACCACUGGCUUGGUGCGAGGAGCAGGAACAGGCCGGACCGGACUGGCGACGCGCACCACUGGCUUGGUGCGAGGACCAGGAACAGGCCGGGCCGGACUGGGAACACGCACCACUGGCUUCGUGCGAGGAGCAGGAACAGGCUGGGCCGGACUGGCGAUGCGCACCACUGGCUUGGUGCGAGGAGCAGGAACAGGCCGGGCCGGACUGGCGACGCGCACCACUAGCUUGGUGCGAGGAGCAGGAACAGGCCGGACUGGCGACGCGCACCACUUGCUUGGUGUGAGGAGCAGGAACAGGCCGGGCCGGGCUGGCGACGCGCACCACUGGCUUGGUGCGAGGAGCAGGAACAGGCCGGGCCGGACUGUGGAGGCGGACUGGAGGUCUGGAGCGGAGAGCUGGCACAACCCGUCCUGGCUGAAUGCCUACUUCCGCACAGUAUGUGUGAGGCAUCAGCACAGGACGCACUGGGCUGUGCACGCGCACUGGCGAUACAGUUCGUAGAACUGGCGCAGGAUAUGCGGGACCGAGGAGGCAUACUGGAGACCAGGAGCGUUGAGCCGGCACACCCCGUCCUGGCUGGAUGCCCAUCUUCGCACGGCAUGUGCGUGGUGCAAGCACAGGACGUACAGGACUGUGCCGGCGCACUGGCGACACAGUACGUAGCUCCGCAUAACACGGAGCCUGCCCAGUCAUACGCUUCCUCGCGUGAGUACGGGGAGUUGGCUCUGCUCUGACACAAGGCUCCGCCAACCACCCCGUGUGCCCCCCCAAAUUUUUUUUAUUGGGGCUGCUUCUCGGGCUUCCUCCUCGACCGGCCUCCUCCGUGUUGCCGUUGCUCCUCUCCGGCCUGGGCAUCUACCUUAGCCCAUGGUCCUCUCCCCGCAAAUAUCUCUUCCCAUGACCACAAAUUGCCCACCUGUGACAUGGCUAUUCGCUCCGCCUGGGCACGCUGCUUGGUCCUCGUUUGGUGGGAUCUUCUGUCACGUUCGUUGAAUGACGGGUCAGACCAAGGCGCAGCGUGAUAUACGUACAUGUUUAUUAACUUAUAAACACAACGACAAAACAACAACCGAAACGAAACGAAAUGUGAAGUCCAAGGUAGGAACACACAACAUACCUUACAAGGAACAAGAUCCCACAACUAGACAGUGCCAAUAGGCUGCCUAAGUAUGGUCCCCAAUCAGAGACAACGAGCGACAACUGCCUCUGAUUGGGAACCACACCGGCCAACAUAGAACUAUACAUAAUAGAUCACCAACAUAGAAAAUACAACAUAGAACAUUCACACCCUGACUCAAUAUAUAAGAGUCCCCUGAGUCAGGGCGUGACACUCGGACUCACAUAUUGCUGUUCACCGGACCUUAUGAUCACUCAGCUGCACAGCUGAUGCCUGCUGGACUGUUCCUUUACACAGUACCCUGUCCUGUUUAUUCUGUUUAGCCUCAGCCCAAACUUUAUCGCCAUUACCAGUUGUUGUCUUAGCUCUCUCUAAUAACACCUGUGAUUGCUUUAUGCCUGUCUCCCAUGUCAAUAUGCCUUGCCUAUUGCUGUUCCAGUUAGUUCUUAUUAUACAAUUUCACUGUAGAACCCCAAGUCCCUCUCAAACUGCCUCAAAUAGUUCCUUUGUUCCACCCCCCAUACAUGCCGAGACCGGCUAAAUCGGUGCCUCCAGUGAUGCUAUCUCUUUCAUUGUUACCCAACGCUUAGGUUUACCUCCACUGUACUCAUAUCCUUCCAUAUCCUUUUCUGUACAUAAUGCCCUGAAUCUUUUCUACAACGCCCGGAAAUCUGCCCCCUUUAUUCUCUGUACCCAACGCACUAGAAGACCAGUUCUUAAAGCCUUUAGCCGUAUCCUUAUUCUAGUCCUCCUCUGUUCCUCUGGUGAUGUAGAGGCUAACCCAGGCCCUGCAGCCCCCAGUAUCACUCCUACUCCCCAGGAGCUAUCAUUUGUUGACAUCUGUAACCGUACAAGCCUUGCUUUUCUGCACGUUAACAUCAGAAGUCUACUUCCUAAAUUUGAGUUAUUCACUGCCUUAGCACACUCCGCCAACCCUGAUGUUCUAGCAGUGUCUGAAUCCUGGCUUAGGAAGGCCACCAAAAAUUCUGAAAUGUCCAUCCCCAACUACAACAUUUUCCGUCUAGAUAGAACUGCCAAAGGGGGUGGAGUUGCAAUCUACUUUAGAGAUAGCCUGCAGAGCUCUAUCAUACUAUCCAGGUCUGUGCCCAAACAGUUUGAGCUUCUACUUCUAAAAAAAAAAAACCUCAGCCCCCAGCUGUGCCCUGUGAAUUGAUUGCCCCCCAUUUAUCCUCAGAGUUCGUACUGCUUGGUGACCUAAAUUGGGAUAUGCUUAACACCCCAGCCAUCCUACAAUCCAAACUAGAUGCCCUCAAUCUCACACAAAUGAUCAACGAACCUACCAGGUACAACCCUAAAUCCGUAAACAUGGGUACCCUCAUAGAUAUCAUCCUGACUAACUUACCCUCUAAAUACACCUCUGCUGUCUUCAACCAGGAUCUCAGCAAUCACUGCCUUAUUGCCUGCGUCCGUAACGGGUCUGCGGUCAAACGACCACCCCUCAUCACUGUCAAACGCUCCCUAAAACACUUCAGCGAGCAGGCCUUCCUAAUUGACCUGGCCCAGGUAUCCUGGAUGGAUAUAGAUCUCAUUCCGUCAGUAGAGGAUGCCUGGUUGUUCUUUAAAAGUAAUUUCCUCUCAAUCUUAAAUAAACAUGCCCCAUUCAAAAAAUACAGAACUAAGAACAGAUAUAGCCCCUGGUUCUCCUCAGACUUGACUGCCCUUGACCAGCACAAAAACAUCCUGUGGCGUACUGCAUUAGCAUCAAAUAGCCCCCGCGAUAUGCAACUUUUCAGGGAAGUCAGGAACCAAUAUACACAACCAGUUAGGAAAGCAAAGGCUAACUUUUUCAAACAGAAAUGUGCAUCCUGUAGCACUAACUCCAAAACGUUUUGGGACACUGUAAAGUCCAUGGAGUAUAAGAGCACCUCCUCCCAGCUGCCCACUGCACUGAGGCUAGGAAACACUAUCACCACCGAUAAAUCUACAAUAAUCGAGAAUUUCAACAAGCAUUUUGCUACGGCUGGCCAUGCUUUCCACCUGGAUACCACUACCCCGGCCACCAGCUCUGCACCCUUCGCUGCAACUUGCCCAUGCCACCCCCGCUUCUCCUUCACACAAAUUCAGACAGCUGAUGUUCUGAAAGAGCUGCAAAAUCUGGACCCCUACAAAUCAUCUGGGCUUGACAUUCUGGACCCUUUCUUUCUAAAACUAGCCGCCGACAUUGUCGCAACUGUGUUAACAAACCUCCAAACGAGCUUCAAUGCCAUACAACACUCCUUCAGUAGCCUCCAACUGCUCUUAAACACUAGUAAAACUAAAUGCAUGCUCUUCAAUCGAACGCUGCUGGCACCCGCCCACCCGACUAGAAUCACUACUCUCGACGGGUCUGACCUAGAGUAUGUGGACAACUACAAAUACCUAGGUGUCUGGUUAGACUGUAAACUCUCCUUCCAGACUCACAUUAAGAAUCUCCAAUCCAAAGUUAAAUCUAGAAUCGGCUUCCUAUUUCGCAACAAAGCCUCCUUCACUCAUGCUGCCAAACAUGCCCUCGUAAAACUGACUCUCCUACCGAUCCUUGACUUCGGCGAUGUCAUUUACAAAAUAGCCUCCAACACUCUACUCAGCAAAUUGGAUGUAGUCUAUCACAGUGCCAUCCGUUUUGUCACCAAAGCCCCAUAUACUACCAACCACUGUGACCUGUACGCUCAUGUUGGCUGGUCCUCACUACAUAUUCGUCGCCAAACCCACUGGCUCAAGGCCAUCUAUAAAUCACUGCUAGGCAAAUCCCUGCCUUAUCUUAGCUCAUUGGUCACCAUAGCAACACCCACCCGUAGUAUGCGCUCCAGCAGGUAUAUCUCACUGGUCAUCCCCAAAGCCAACAACUCCUUUGGCCACCAUUCCUUGCAGUUCUCUGCUGCCAAUAACUGGAAUGAAUUGCAAAAAUCUCUGAAGCUGGAGACUCUUAUCUCCCCUACUAACUUUAAGCAUCAGUUGUCAGAGCACCUUACCGAUCACUGCACCUGUACACAGCCCAUCUGAAAUUAGCCCACCCAAUUACCUCAUCCCCAUAUUGUUAUUUAUUUUGCUCAUUUGCACCCCAGUAUCUCUAUUUGCACAUCAUCUCUUGCACAUCUAUCAUUCUAGUGUUAAUACUAAUUGUGAUUAUUUUGCACUAUAGACUAUUUAUUGCCUUACCUCCAUAACUUGCUACAUUUGCACACACUGUAUAUAUAUUUUCUGUUGUAUUUUUGACUUUAUGUUUUGUUUUACCCCAUAUGUAACUCUGUGUUGUUGUUUUUAUCACACUGUUUUGCUUUAUCUUGGCCAGGUCGCAGUUGUAAAUGAGAACUUGUUCUCAACUGGCUUACCUGGUUAAAUAAAGGUGAAAAAAAAUGAUAAUAAUAAAUAAAAAAAUCACCUAGAACAAAGCACAAGCAAAUGAAAACAUUUGCAUACAUAUAGUUGCAUGCAAUGCUGUCAACAUUGUUAUUUUGCUACAAGGGCAAUGACAUAGAUCUGUAAAAGGACUCCAUGCAUAACACUACAAACCACUGGAGAACCUACGCUAUUUGCAACUAUUUAGCCAUAGCCCCCCCCCCCCUUCUCCCUGUCAGCCUUCCAUAUGUGCUGAGCACUGCUCUGAUACUGUGCCACAAUGAUGUCACUUCCUGUUCAUUUGCUCAUUAAUCAAGUGUGCCGUCCAAAUUUGUGACAAUGCUAACAAACAAGAGAGUAAUCAGGGUGACGUUGAGCUUUCUUUGUCUGCCAUCAAAACAACAGAGCACUACACUGACAUGGUUGCCAUAGGAACUGAAACCAGUCCAAACCAGUCCAGACCCACAUCUGGGGAACAGGUACUGGAGCAGCAUACAGCAUCACUCUAACUCACAAUCACAGCAGCUGCUCUCACAUCCCACAGAACGUGAGAAAUCCCUCGGGCAAUGUGCUUAGGUGUUAGUCUUCAAACAGAACAACAAGAAAGCAGGUAAUUAACUGGAUGUGAGUGUUGUUGUCGUCUUCAGGAUGACAGAAGGGUUAAGGACUCCAUUAGGGAGGCUUUUGAUGAAGAUGCAUUUGAUAUGCAGACAAAUUAACUAUUUUAGCACUCCCAUUCCAUCAUACACUCACAUAAUCCUCUCUCUCUCUGUAGAUACGUAUCCACUCCUCUCAGAUGUCUAAUUUACUGUGGCAUCCAGUGACUAUGUUAAUAAACAGAACAUAUCUGUGUUCUUGAGUCUACUCCGAUGAUACACGCUGAUGUAAUUUGGUCUCAAGUGUUUACAGAUUUGUCAAGUAAUGAUGGAACCAGAAUCCCCUCAAUUACAGUAUGAGGUAUUUCCAAUCAGGCAAUGAUUAUAACACCUUAAUACCAGCUGUGUGGUUUGGAAUACUGCUGUUCCAUUACCUCUCUGUGCCCCUCCGUGACCCAGUGAUGUCACCAGAGGGCUGGUGUGGUGGGCCGUGGUCCCAGUUGGACCGGGGGAUCAAAGCAUCCCUCUCUUCCCACAAACAAAACAAUAGGCUGACGUCAGGCCUCAAGAGCACAGCCAACCCCAUAAAACUCCCUUCAACAGAGCAGCAGUGGCCAACUAGGCCUCUAGUCCUGGCCCAUCAGCAUCAUCACCUUGUCAGACCACAGAGUCAACGUACCAGGGUCUUGUUGGGAAGUAAAGACAAAGGAGAGAUGGUGUAGCCGGGACUCUGUUGUGGCCUGGAAAAGAAAGUUGAUGGCGUUCGACCUCUAAUGAAAGCUAAAAGGGUUUUCAACGCCGUUCUGUACUCUUUCACUCUGUCCUUUACUUAAUCUCUUUAAUUAGCCUUGUACUUCUACCUCUCUCUCCCUCUCAAUCUCAAUCCCAGUUAAUUUCUCACUCCAUCACCUCUUGUCAUUCACUCUCCAACACCUAUCUGUCUCUCUCUAACCCCCCUUCGCUCUCUUCACCUCUUUCCCUCUGUGGCCAGCUCUCCAUUUCCUUCCAUUGUGUUACAUUGUUUGUAAUCUCCAGGACUCAGGGGCCUCAAAGCUCACCGACCCCAGCUCACCCCACCACCCACUCAAUUACCUCUACAAGAUCGUUUCACUACCAUCACCCUCAAUGAAACCUUCAACCAAAGCCCCCUUAACUUACCACACCCCCUUCCCAACCUACAAUACACCAUCUCAGUCACCACAGCUGAGCUUGAGCUGUGGAACUCCCCAUCCACCCACCCAUUGUAUAGAUAGGCAACGCAAGGGACAUCAAAACAGAAUGUUGUUUUAACAACAGAGCGAACCACAAAUCCGAAACAUAUGAGCUGAAGAUCCGUUUACCCUGACAGAGAAUGGUCUCUCACCUGUCUGACCCUGACAGAGAAUGGCCUCUCUCCUGUUGAUUUGUUCUAUGCUAUUGUGUCUCCAGGCUUCAGCUCACAGGGUUAAGGGGCUGCGCUGUGGGACUCCAGCGCUACAGUCAGGGGAUUCUCCACAGGAUGUGCUCUCCCUGAGCUGGAACGCUGAUCUGAGACGGCCACAGCAACAACAGCUGAGAGUCGGGGGUCCAGACCAUUAAUCAGGUCCAUGUGUUGCUUUGUUUUGUGUCUCUCAGGAAUGCAUGAACCCCUGCUGCAAUGCCACCACCUGCACCCUGAAGGGAGAUGCUGUGUGUGCCCACGGACAGUGCUGCGAGGACUGCAGGGUAAGACUGCUCUUUCUGUUUCUCUUUUUCUACCUCUCCCUUUCUCCCAACUGUCUUUCCCUCCCUCUCUCUUCCUUGCACUUUUGUCUCUCUCUUUCUCACUCUUUCCCUCCCUGUCGAAAUGAUAAAAAGAGUGGGAAUCUAAUUAUCUCUGCUGCAUGUGUUUACAGUAAAAAAUUAAGACAUUUCAUUUCCAGGGACUUGUAAGCCAAUACAUGAAGCUGUAGCACAGGGCCCUCCGAAGUACACAAAUAUGCCAAACUUGAUCAAUUUAAUUGAGGUGUGUGUGUGUGUGUGUGUGUGUGUGUGUGUGUGUGUGUGUGUGUGUGUGUGUGUGUGUGUGUGUGUGUGUGUGUGUGUGUGUGUGUGUGUGUGUGUGUAUGGGCUGGCUGGCGGGGGUGUUUGUGUGUGUGUGUGUUCUCUCUGCAGCUGAAACCUGCUGGCACACCGUGUCGAGAGUCCAGUAACUCCUGUGAUCUGCCAGAGUUCUGUACUGGUGCCAACCCCCACUGCCCUGCCAACGUGUACCUGCAUGACGGGCACUCCUGCCACAACGUGGACGGAUACUGCUACAACGGCAUCUGCCAGACUCACGAGCAGCAGUGCAUCACGCUAUGGGGACCAGGUCAGUAGAGCGCCCCCCAAUGGACAGGACCACUUGAUGAAAGUCUUCCAUGUUUGAAGAGAUAAGAUAGUACAUCCGUAACUUUCCUUAACAUGUUUAUUGGAGUAGCUAAGGAAAAACGAAUCCUAGCUUAUAAAUCAGUUCAAUGUAAAGAGAGAGGAAAGCAGCACCUGGACAGCACAAGCUGACAGACAUCAUGUGGACAAUCAUUUGAAAAAAGACUUCAGAUUCAAGCAUUUUAGAGCAGGUAUUUUGAUGAAUACGGGUUGACCUGGCUUAACUUCUGGAGGUCAGGGGUUACCUUUGGCUCAUGGUAUGCUUUGUCACAUCUCUGACACCUCUCUCUCUCUCUUCCCUUCUCUCUCACUCUCUCUCUCGCUCUCCCCCCAUCUCUAUCUCCCUCUCUCUCACUUUCUCCUGCAGGAGCCAAACCUGCCCCAGGGAUCUGCUUUGAGAGGGUCAACUCAGCAGGAGAUCCUUACGGGAACUGUGGGAAGGACUCCAAAGGAUCAUUUGCCAAAUGUGAAGCCCGGUAAGACUGUGCAGCUGUUAUGUAUGUCAUGGCUUCGAAGCAAAAAGAGCUAGCUAGAAAGACAAAUGAAUAAAACAACAUUGUUUAUCUGAAUUGAUAUUAUCAAGAGUGCCAUCGACAAUCAGCAUGGCACAUUAAAUGGGACAAAUAGCCUAGGAACAAUAAUUAGUAGCGAGAAAAACACAAUUUGGAGAUAAUGAAGGCUAAUUACAGUUUGAAGUAUUCAUGAAGCAUUUUUUCCUAUUAAUGUCGGCUAAAUGUUCUUGGAUCUCCCAUGGGUGAAAUCUCUAAUCAAGCAUUUGUUAAUUGAUGUAAUUGCUUUAAUGACUGGAGGACUGAGGGAGUCAUUAUUAGGGUGAGACGAAGGCUGUCUAGUCUUUCAUCUUUGGUUAUAAUUGCACAAGAUGUCACACAUGUCAGAGAUUGUCAAUGUUAAACUGUAUGCCUUGCCAUUUAUGUUGCGUGUGUGUUUAUGUGUCUGUGUGUGCAUGUGUUAUUAUAAAAAAAAUUCACAGAGACGCAAAGUGUGGCAAAAUUCAGUGUCAAGGAGGGGCCAACCGGCCUGUGAUUGGCACCAAUGCCGUCUCCAUAGAAACCAACAUCCCUCUUCAAGAAGGAGGGAGGAUCCUGUGUCGGGGGACCCACGUCUACCUGGGUGAUGACAUGCCCGACCCUGGACUGGUUCUGGCUGGCACCAAGUGUGGAGAGGGCAUGGUGAGGGUACUCUGUAGGGCGCGGCAGCUGUUAUCAAGCAGAGCUAGAGAGAGAUUACCGUCACCACUGGUGGAGAUGCUAAUGCCCACGCUUGUCUUUGGCCCAAUUCCAAACCAAUCACUUACUCUCAUUACUGGGAUCAGUCGAAUUCUACGAAAGUACAUUAAGUAGAAUAGAUAACAGUUCUCAGAAGAUAUGCUUUCCAUUCAAUAAUUAACAUCACAUGUGGAGUACUACAGUACUUUACAUUGGAUUAAAAAAUGUUUUCAAUAUGACUCUUUCUCUAUUCCAUAGAUGUGUCUGAAUCGUCAGUGCCAGAAUGUCAGUGUGUUUGGAGUGCACCAGUGCUCAGGGAAGUGCAGCGGACGAGGGGUGAGUACUCCAUGUUGGAGCGUAUCAUCUUAUGUUGAGUGUCUAGAAUGCAAUGACUUAUUCCAGUCUAUUAGCUAAACACCGGUGUCAUAUCAAUGUUAAUAACUUAUCACAGCAUCUUAUUGACCUCAACAUAGCAUAAAGUAGAGUAGUACAGGGCUCUACGGUGCGACCAUUUUACUCACAUAUUUUGCUGUGCGACCAGGAAUUUAAAUUUAGGAGAACCAGUGUGCCUAGAAAAAUGUAUGAGUCUAGCCUUUAAUACCUCAAAUAUUUUUCAUUGUGCUCCUACAUCUCUUUGUGUGUGCCUACAUUUUUCAACUUAGGCGCACACGUGCUCCUUGUAAAAAAAGAAAAGGUCAGUGUAGAGCCCUCUAGCUAGUACAGUAGGCCCUUUACUCUGCUACAUCGAGCUCCAAUUUUAGUUACUGCACCGCCAAUGAAUUAUGGCAGCUACUCACAUGCUAUACAAUCAAUCUUCAUCGCCCCAGAGAGGUUAAAUCAAAGAUGGUGGAUAAAUGAAGAUAGUUCACUCAGGCCGUUUACCAUUGAAAAAGAAUGUGUCAGUUACGGUCUACCUAACUAGGUGUGUCUCCCAUAGACACCAAUGCAAUAGCAGCUGGGUCUGGUCUACUUAGUUAAUUGACCCUACGGGGAGCCAGUAUGAAAAAUGUAUGCACUCACUAAUUGUAAGUCGCUCUGGAUAAGAGCGUCUGCUAAAAUGACUCAAAUGUCAAUUGGAUCACUAAAAAUACUUUCAUUGAACCCCAAAAACAAAACGGGGAAAAAAGAAAUGGUUCCUCUUCAGCCUCUGGUUAAAUCAAUAUCAUUUAAUGACAUAAUUUAUGUUCUAAGUGCCGUCCAUCAUCUUUUGGCAUAGAGAAGGCAGGCCAAGCAGCAUUUGAACAUACAGUGCAUUCGGAAAGUAUUCAGACCCCAACCCUUUUUCCACAUUUUGUUACGUUACAGCCUUAUUCUUAAAAUGGAUUAAAUUAUACUUUUUUUCCUCAUCAAUCUACACACCAUACCCCAUAAUGACAAAGCGAAAACAGGUUUUUUGAAAUGAUUGCAAAUGUAUUACAAAUAAAAAACAGAAAUACCUUAUUUACAUAGGUAUUCAAAACCUUUGCUAUGAGACUCAAAAUUGAGCUCAUGUGCAUCCUGUUUCCAUUGAUCAUCCUUGAGAUGUUUCUAGAACUUGAUUGGUGUCCACCUGUGGUAAAUUCAAUUGAUUGGACAUGAUUUGGAAAGGCACACACACACCUGUCUGUAGCUCAACUGGUAGAGCACGGCACUUGUAACGCCAGGGUAGUGGGUUCGAUCCCCAGGACCACCCAUACACAAAAAAUGUAUGCACGCAUGACUGUAAGUCGCUUUGGAUAAAAGCGUCUGCUAAAUGUCAUAUUAUUAUUAUAAUAUUAUAAGGUCCCACAGUUGACAGUGCAUGUCAGAGAACAAAACCAAGCCAUGAGGUCGAAGGAAUUGUCCGUAGAGCAUCGAGACAGGAUUGUGUCAAGGCACAGAUCUGGGGAAGGGUAACAAAACAUUUCUGCAGCAUUGAAGGUCCCCAAGAACAAAGUGGCCUCCAUCACUACCAAGACUCUUCCUAGAGCUGGCCGCCCGGCCAAACUGAGCAAUCGGGGGAGAAGGGCCUUGGUCAGGGAGGUGACCAAGAACCCGAUUGUCACUCUGACAGAGCUCCAGAGUUCCUCUGUUGAGAUGGGAGAACCUUCCAGAAGGACAACCAUCUCUGCAGCACUCCCCCAAUCAGGCCUUUAUGGUAGAGUGGCCAGACGGAAGCCACUCCUCAGUAAAAGGCACAUGACAGCCCGCUUGGAUUUUGCCAAAAGGCUCCGAAAGUACUCUCAGACCAUGAGAAACAAGAUUCUCGGGUCUGAUGAAACCAAGAUUGAACUCUUUGGCCUGAAUGCCAAGCAUCAGGUCUGGAGGAAACCUGGCACCAUCCCUACGGUGAAGCAUGGUGGUGGCAGCAUCAUGCUGUGGGGAUGUUUUUCAGCUGCAGGGACUGGGAGACUAGUCAGGAUCGAGGGAAAGAUGAACGGAGCAAAGUACAGAGAGAUCCUUGAUGAAAACCUGCUCCAGAGCGCUCACGACCUCAGACUGGAGCGAAGGUUCACCUUCAACAGGAUAACGACCCUAAGCACACAGCCAAGACAAUGCAGGAGUGGCUUCGAGACAAGUCUCUGAAUGUCCUUGAGUGGCCCAGCCAGAGCCCGGACAUGAACCCGAUCGAACAUCUCUGGAGAGACCUGAAAAUAGCUAUGUUGCGACACUCCCCAUCCAAUCUGACAGAGCUUGAGAGGAUCUGCAGAGAUUAAUGGGAGAAACUCCCCUAAAUACAGGUGUGCCAAGUUUGUAGCGUCAUACCCAAGAAGACUCGAGGCUGUAAUCGCUGCCAAAGGUGCUUCAACAAAGUACUGAGUAAAGGGUCUGAAUACUUAUCUAAAUGUGAUAUUUCCAUUUUUUAUUUUUAGUAAAUUUGCAAGAAUUUCUAAAAACUUGUUUUUGCUUUGUCAUUAUGGCGUAUUGUGUGUAGAUUGAUGGGGGGGACAAUUUAAUCCGUUUUAGAACAAGGCUGUAACGUAACAAAAUGUGGAAAUAUCAAGGGGUCUAAAUACUUUCUGAAUUCACUGUACUAGCAAGUAGCUAUAGUCUGGAAGCAUCAAACUGCACUAGUCAAAAUGCUCCUUGCUGUUUGAGUAGGUAUUAAUAAUGCAACGAGAAGCCUUUUAUGUUUUAUUUACUUUGUUGUUUAGUUGAAUGAAUAAAUAAAUUAAUUAAUUAAUGAACAAAUUAAUGGAAAGUAGAACCCUGGGCCAGAUUUCCUUACAAUGACUGGCUUUUGAACCACUGCAUGGUUGAAUCACCUUCAUCAGAGGUGAAUUUAAAACAGAGAAUCAAAGCUGGAUUAAGAAAUUGCCUUAAUUUACCUUAACUUUUGUGUUUGAUUGCUUCUUUGAGGUUUUAUUUGACCUCUAAUUGAAUGAUGUAUGAUUCAUUCAUUAGUUAAGAACAGGUUGAACCAGGUGAUGUCAUUUGCCACAGCACUUUUCAACCACACCACUUUUGAUUUAGUUUAAUCAAAUAUAUAUCGACGCAAAGCGUUAAAAAGAGGGGCAAAGUGCUGUUUUUUAGACCAAUUUGCCUCAUAAUUUGUCAACUCACACACAAUUUCUCUGUCCUUCACAUCGGCGUGCUGCUGCAGGCUCUUUGCGUGUCUUGACCAAUCAGAUUCACGGAAAUCCUAUGUUGCGCGGGCCGGGAAACCCACUUUCCUCUUUCCUCCAGUAUUUAUUUAGCAAGCGUGAUAACACAUCACUCCCGACAGAUACAAGCAAAAACUCUUCCAUAAAUGUAGAUGCCUAUAUAUCUAAACGAGAUCUGACAUGCUGUAUGGCAUGGAAAGGAGACUAUUUUUCAGUUUAAAGCAAGCUCAGCCCUGUGGGUUUUAUUGGCCAAUCAUGUUGCUUUCUUUGUGUCUGUGUAUAGGAAACCCCCCUUAGUUCUUCUUUAUUAAAAUAUCAUUAAAAUGAACAAGUACAAGGUUGCUGCAGUUUGACAGGUUUUUCAUCCUCCCCAAGUUCAGUCGUUAUUUUAAACCAUGUGAACUGAUUUGAAAAAACUCUGGUCCCAUCAUAGCCCAUAUUAAACCUAGCCCGUAUUAAACCUUUUUACAACAGAUUAAUCACGUCAUACCGUAUAAGGUCUGGAGUUUUAACUGGUUAGGUUACCAGAUCAGGAAAGACUACAGGCUCAAGAUAUUAUUUUUCUUUGCCACACCGCUCUGGGACCACCUCUGUACUAACUACACAUUAGUGUCUUUACAUUUGGGAGGCUCUUAUCCAGAGUGACUUACAGGAGCAAUUAGGGUUAAGUGCCUGGCUCAAGGGCACAUCGACAGAUUUUUCACCUAGUCGGCUCGGGGAUUCAGCGAUGUUUCGGUUACUGGCCCAACGCACUUAACAGCUAGGCUACCUACCUUCUCUAAAUUGAACAUUAUACAGUAUGUUGACUAUAUUCAGACCCACAUGAUGUCACAAAUAUAACCAACCCUACACUGUAGAUCCAGAGCCAGUAUGCAUCUCCAAAUGUGGCUCUGUGUAGAUGUACACUACCAGUCAAAAGUUUUUCUUUAUUUUACUAUUUUUUACAUUGUAGAAUAAUAGUGAAGACAUCAAAACUAUGAAAUAACACAUAUGGAAUCAUGUAGUAACCCAAAAAGUGUUAAACAAAUCAAAAUAUAUUUUAUAUUUGAGAUUCUUCAAAUAGCCACCCUUUGCCUUGAUGACAGCUUUGCACACUCUUGGCAUUCUCUCAACCAGCUUCAUGAGGUAGUCACCUGGAAAGCAUUUCAAUUAACAGGUGUGUCUUAAAAGUUAAUGUGUGGAAUGUAUUUCCUUCUUAAUGCGUUUGAGCCAAUCAGUUGUGUUGUGACAAGGUAGGGGGGUAUGCAGAAGAUAGCCCUAUUUGGUAAUUGACCAAGUCCAUAUUAUGGCAAGAACAGCUCAAAUAAGCAAAGAGAAACGACAGUCCAUCAUUACUUUAAGACAUGAAGGUCAGUCAAUACGGAACAUUUCAAGAACUUUGAAAGUUUCUUCAAGUGCAGUCACAAAAACCAUCAAGCGCUAUGAUGAAACUGGCUCUCAUGAGGACCGCCACAGGAAUGGAAGACCCAGAGUUACCUAAAUUCAUUAGUUACCAGCCUCAGAAAUUGCAGGCCAAAUAAAUGCUUCACAGACUUCAAGUAACAGACACAUCUCAACAUCAACUGUUCAGAGGGGACUGUGUGAAUCAGGCCUUCAUGGUCGAAUUGCUGCAAAGAAACCACUACUAAAGGACACAAGUAAGAAGAAGAGACCUGCUUGGGCCAAGAAACACGAGCAAUGGACAUUAGACCGGUGUAAAUGUGUCCUUUGGUCUGGAGUCCAAAUUUGAGAUUUUUGGUUAAAACCGCCGUGUCUUUGUGAGACGCGGUGUGGGUGAACGGAUGAUCUCCACAUGUGUAGUUCCCACCGUAAAGCUUAUGUUAUGGUGUGGGGGUGCUUUGCUGGUGACACUGUCUGUGAUUUAUUUAGAAUUCAAGGCACACUUAACCAGCAUGGCUACCACAGCAUUCUGCAGCGAUACGCCAUCCCAUCUGGUUUGGGCUUAGUGGGACUAUCAUUUGUUUUUCAACAGGACAAUGACCCAACACACCUCCAGGCUGUGUAAGGGCUAUUUUACCAAGAAGGAGAGUGAUGGAGUGCUGCAUCAGAUGACCUUGCCUCCACAAUCCCCCGACCUCAACCCAAUUGAGAUGGUUUGGGAUGAGUCGGACGGCAGAGUGAAGCAAAAGCAGCCAACAAUUGCUCAGCAUAUGUGGGAACUCCUUCAAGACUGUUGGAAAAGCAUUCCAGGUGAAGCUGGUUGAGAGUAUGCCAAGAGUGUGCAAAGUUGUCAUCAAGGCAAAAGGGUGACUAUUUGAAGAAUCUCAAAUAUAAAAUAUAUUUUGAUUUGUUUAACAUAUUUUGGGUUACUACAUGAUUCCAUAUUUGUUAUUUCAUAGUUUUGAUGUCUUCACUAUUAUUCUACAAUGUAAAAAAUUUUUUGUAAAAAUUAAGAAACCCUUGAAUGAGUAGGCGUGUCCAAUAGUUUGACUGGUACUGUAAGUCUAUAUAACAUUAUGUGUGUAUGUGCAUGAGUGUGUUUACAAGUGUACUGUUCAGUACUAUGUGGUAAAAUCCUAUCACAUCCAUAGAUCUCCCCUCAUGGGUUCUUAAGUGUCCUUAAGUCUCCAGUCUUGACCUUGACCACCCCUAGCCCCAAACACUCCAGACACAUAAGGGAGUGCCACUCACUCCGAGGGAGGCAGGGAAAGGUCUUCCCAGUUCAGGGCCAGAUCCGAUCUGUAAUUAUCCCAGCCACAGGCCUCCCUGCAGCUGACAGCUGGACUCCAUUAUCCCACUAGGGAAUCCUGUUGGAUCCCUUUCCUGCUCAGAAAACUGUGUUUUGGGAUGGGCUGUCCCCUGCACAUGUUUUCUCCAUCAUGUUUGACACUGCACAGUCUAUGGCACCCGCCACAUCCAAACCGAUGGGUCUGAUGGAACGAGUGUGUGGUUUAUUUGUAGAGGUAAUCCAAACAUUUGAGAUGUGGGCUGGGAUCCUAUUUUCAUCUCUCUCUUUUCUGAGGAAAUGCAGGCCCAAAUUAAUGCAUCUCUUAUUUCAUGUGUCAAAGGCAAGUACGAUGCAUACUGGUAGCUUAUAAAGUGCGUAAAAUAAGUAAUGCAUACUUGCCAUAUCCCAUGAAUCAUUGCACUGUAGUUGCUUUCACUCCCCUGUGUCUGAUGAUCACAAGAGCCUAGAGGCCUGGCACACAACUCUCCCUGUGCUCUGACCGGUGUCUAUUGGAAGAACACAAGGUAUGGACAGUAUUGUGUUGUACAGGUGAAGAUGUGUCAACUUAAUACUAACCAGCAUGCAUUGUGAUUCUAGGUGUGUAACAACAAGGAGAACUGCCAUUGUGAGGUGCACUGGGCCCCUCCCUUCUGUGAGAGGGCGGGGUUUGGAGGCAGCCUCGACAGUGGACCAAUGAGAUUGGCAGGUACAGUACGCUCUUUCCUCUUUGUACUUCACUAACUUCACCCUCUUUCUCACUAGCCAGUGCAGAGACUAAGACAGUAGUUUGGGAUAAUAAUCAGUUUAACACCUUUAGCUGUACUUUCAUAACCUGCUUACAGCAAGUUAGUUUCUUUUGACAGAUCUACCUCAGUCACCUACAAAUGUAGGAUCUUAAUUUGACCACUCUUUUGUUGCCGAGAAUUUUCCUGCACCGCAGGAAAUGCAGAUGAGCUUUGUGAUUUACAUAAAUUCACUAAAAACCCACACUAACGCACAGUUAUAUUAAUAGUAUUGCACUUUUCAUGUAGCCUACUUUUGGCCAGAAUAACCAGAAAUCAAGCAACAUUAUGGACUAAACGUUCAAAUCCUUUUGCUACAGGAUCAUUUUGCUGUGACAAUAUAGGUCAAAAUAUUCAUCCUAGCUACAUGCAACCUAUUACAACUAAAGAUGCAGGAUCUUCAUUUGAGCCAGUUUGCUACAGUAGGAAAAUAAGCAGGAAAAUAAAUUACUAACUUUUAGAAGCCUUUUUAAACCUUGAAUACACUACAAGUUUGCAUUUCCUGCUGUGCAGGAAAAUUCUCAGCAACAAAAGAGUGAUCAAUUUAACUUUCCCUGCCUGGUACAACUUUCCCUGCCUGGUACAACUUUCCCUGCCUGGUACAACUUUCCCUGCCUGGUACAACUUUCCCUGCCUGGUCAUUCAAGAGCAAAAGGAAAUAAUUAUGGGAAUAAUGUCAAAUGUACUAAACCACUGCCGUGGCUUCUAUUAACACUCUCUGUGUGUGUCCUGUUUGUGCUGUGCCGUAGAUGUGCGUGUGUGUGUAUUAAUGUGCGUGUUGUCGUAUGUGACGUCAGCCGACAGCAGGGUGGUUGCCGUGGCAAUCCUGGCCACCCUCCUCAGCCUGAUGGGCGCAGGGUUCCUGGUAUUCCUUAAGAGGAAGACUCUGGUCCGUCUGCUCUUCACCAACAAGAAAACCACCAUGGAGAAACUGAGGUACAGUAGGACACCUAAUCCGACACCUGUGUUUAAUCUUAUGUUCUGUAUGUCAAGAUAGACUACUUUUCUAGAGAUGCUUUCUUGAAGAGAUGAUUUUCUUGUAGAAAUAACAUCAUGGUCCCAUGGUCUCUCUGGUGAUUUGAUGUGUUCACAACAAUGGUAUCCUUGUGACUCCACUAACCAUGUGAGAGAAAAACACAUACUGAUAGUCCUGCACAUAGUCCUCACAAUGCAUGUGGGCCUUGCCUGUACAGAAGAAGGCCUGUUACUAUGUGUCUCAAAGCUGCAGCUCCUUUAGAAUAGUAGUAGAGAUGUAGAAUAGUAGUUAUCAGUUAGUAGAAGACUAGUAUUGUAGUUGAAAUGUUAGCUUUCUGUCCUUAUAGAUCAGCUGGGUCGACCAGACCAGCCAGCCCCAGCCAGACUCAGUCCAUGUACAGUCCACGACGCAAGCCCCCAGCCAAGCCUCCAGGUACCAGCAUAUACAAGGUGGGUCUCUUUCUGCUGGAGUUAAUGGACAAC